CAAGACGCCUGACGCUCUUAAGUCACUUAGUCUAUCUCAAGACUUCUUCGUGAGUAGCUACGGCCGAAUAGUUAACGUGGAGUGAAUUGUGGGCCUUUAAAAGCCUUGGCUAGAAUUGCCAUGGCGACUGCGAAAAUGAAGAUAAUUCUUCCGCUAGUCGUUUGGACAUGGCUGCACUUCAUAACUACAACGACUGGCCAAUCCUUCGGUGGGAUCGGCUUUGGUAUUAAACGCGAAGUUUUCUUUUUGAACCUCGAGGACGGAUACUUCGGUUGUCAAGUAAACGAAUCGACCGACGUGCUUCAACUAUUCGAAUUAUCAAAAUUAUGCGACGGAACGCCGAACUGCUAUUUAGGAUCCGACGAGCUGGUGAAAGAACUGAAAUGUACAGAUGACUGUCGAAAAGACGACGGCUCGGAUUGUCAGAACGGCGCAUGCCUAGACGGUCAAUGUUAUUGUAACGACGGAUAUGGGGGCUGUAGCUGUCAAGUUCCAGAUGAGAACGAAUGCAAAUACCGCCCUUGUGACGUGUUUGCACACUGUACUAACACCUUGGGUAGUUUUUCUUGUACGUGCUUCCCUGGUUACCAUGGAGACGGAUUUCACUGUGAAGAUAUCAACGAAUGCGACGACCCGGCGAUUGCGGCGCGAUGCGUCGCGAACGCCGAAUGUUGCAAUCUACCAGCGCAUUUCCUUUGCAAGUGUAACCCCGGCUUUACAGGAGAUGGAGAGGCUCAAUGUCUCGAUAUUGACGAAUGCCAAAACCCUAAUGCUUGCGGUCAAAACGCACUUUGCCAAAACACCCACGGUAACUACACCUGCUACUGCCCAGAGGGUUUCCACGGUAACCCUUACGAUGGAUGUGUCGAUGUGGAUGAAUGCGAACACCUUGGAGCUUGCGGACCCGGAGCCACUUGCACUAACGUAGUUGGAGGAAGAGAAUGUCAUUGUCCUCCAGGUUACGAAGGAGAUCCCUACACCAAUGGCUGCUUGGACGCGAACGAAUGCGCCAGACAACCCUGCGGAAGAAACGCUCUUUGCUCCAACUUGGAGGGCAGCUUUAAGUGUUCUUGUCCACCAGGGUUUAUUGGAGACCCAAUGUUUGAGUGUUCAGACAUUAACGAGUGCGAGGAUCAGAACCCGUGCCCGGAAUCCGCUUCUUGCCUAAAUAACAACGGAAGCUACUCGUGCGCAUGUCCCGAAGGAUACACGGGAACCCCCGAGGUCGAAUGCGUGGAUAUCAACGAGUGCGGUAAAGCAGGCGCAUGCGGGAUAAACGCCAAGUGCAUUAACGUUCCUGGAUCGUUUAAGUGCCUUUGUCCCUCGGGAUUUGCCGGACAGGGACAUCUUUAUUGUGAAAAUAUAAACGAAUGCGAAUCAAAUCCAUGCGGUGAAAACGCCUUUUGUAAGGACACAGUUGGAAGCUACAUCUGCUCCUGUAAAGAAGACUAUACUGGAGAUCCUUUUAAAGGUUGUACAGAUAUUGAUGAAUGUAUUACAAUAGAAAAGCCUUGUGGAGCACAUGCUAUUUGUGAGAAUGCUGUUCCGGGUUAUAAUUGCAUAUGCCCUCAAGGAUAUCAAGCCAAACCCAAGCCAGAAGUUGCAUGUGAACAGGUCGAUGUUAAUAUACUCUGUCAAUCCAACUUCGACUGCACCAAUAACGCUGAAUGUAUCGAAAAUCAAUGCUUCUGUCAAAAAGGCUUUACCCCCAAGGGAUCUGUUUGCGUGGAUAUCAAUGAAUGUGACAACGCAACCAACCCAUGCGGGCCAUUUUCAGUUUGCACCAAUGUGGUUGGUAGCUAUCACUGCGCAUGCGAAAAUGGAUAUGUAGGUGCGCCCCCUAUGGUCUCCUGCAAAGCGCCAUGUGAAGAUGUGAAGUGUGGCAACCAUGCUUAUUGUAAACCUGAUGGUGACGAAGCCUACUGUAUAUGCGAUGAGGGUUGGACGUUUAAUCCCAGUGACAUAUCUGCCGGAUGCAUAGAUAUCAAUGAAUGUGACAAGGCCAACGGCCCAAGCGGCAGAUGUGGUUCAAAUGCCUUAUGCACCAACUUACCAGGAACUUUUGCUUGUCAGUGCCAGCCUGGUUUUACUGGAAAUCCAAAUAAGCAAUGUACGGAUAUCAACGAGUGCAGUUUACCCAAUACUUGUGGAACGGGUGCCAUUUGUGACAACUUACCGGGUGGGUUCAGCUGCAAAUGUCCGGAGGGCACAGUGCCAGACCCUGAUCCCAAGUCCAGAUGCAGUGAAAUUGUAACUUGCAACAAUGACGAGGAUUGUCCAGGAAAUGCCCUCUGUGAUAGUAAAAAGAGGUGUCUUUGUCCGGAGCCUAAUAUUGGAAACGAUUGCAGGCAUCCUUGUGAAAUCAUGAACUGCGCUCCAAAUGAAGAGUGCAUGCUAAUAAACCAUGCAGCAACAUGCCUAUGCGGUUCUGGAUAUACCAACACCACCAAUGGUUGUGCUGACAUAGAUGAAUGUGUCAAGAACCCUUGCCAGACGGGUGCUAUUUGCAAAAACGAACCUGGAACAUUUUCAUGUCAAUGUCCUGGUGGAACUUCUGGAGACCCAUAUAGAAGCGGUUGCAGCAGAAUCGCUCCACCUUCCGGCGGAUGUUCAAAUCAAAAUCCCUGCCCCGUGGGCGAGCAAUGCAUCCUAGACGAAAUUACAAAAGAAAGUGUUUGCAUCUGCGUCAACGGUUACGUAAGAGAUGACGAAGCAGGCAAGUGUAUUGACAACAACGAAUGUACGGAACUUCGAGACAAGCCUGCCUGUGGAAUAAACGCUAUUUGCAAGAACUUGCCGGGCAGCUACGACUGUCAAUGCCCUCCAGGUUUUAACGGGAACCCAUUCUUGGAAUGUGUCGAGUGUAACAGCCCUGACUGUAGAUGCCAGCCCCCGUAUGAACUCAAAGAUGGAAAUUGUAUACUGGCAAGCUGUGCACCAGAUAACACUUGUCCAAACGGAGCUGAAUGUAUCACAAUUACGGGAGGUGUGAGUUAUUGCGCGUGUCCAAAGGGUUUUAGAUCAUCUGCUGAAGGCACAUGUGAAGAUAUCGAUGAAUGUAUGGAGCAGCAGCAAACCUGCGGUUAUGGAGCCGUGUGUAUUAACAAACGAGGUGCUUUUGAGUGUCACUGUCCAGACGGUUAUAGUGGUGAUGCAUACAAUGGACUCUGCUCUCCCGCUCAGAAGAAGUGCAUAAGCGACCGUGAGUGUCCCGAAAACGAGCGAUGUGUUCAGCCGGGACAAUGCGCGUGUCCACCGCCAUAUUUUACAGACAUCCAGGACGAUAACAAAUGCAAAAGCCCUUGCGAUAGAUUUCCUUGCGGGAUUAAUGCUAACUGUACUCCAAGUGAUCCUCCAAGGUGCGCUUGCAAACCUGGUUACGAAGGAGAUCCGCUCCAAGGUUGCAUAAACGUGGACGAAUGUAAACAUGAGCCAUGCGCGUAUGGUGCUCACUGUCUUAAUUUGGAAGAAGGUUACAAAUGUAUUUGCCCUAAAGGAAUGACCGGAGAUGCUUACAAGGGAGGCUGUAUCCUAGAUACUCCCGGUUCAGUUAAAUCCGAAUGCCAAACAGAUAAGGAUUGUGUUAAGAUAUUGAGCUGCCAGGAUGGAACAUGUGUGAGUCCGUGUGCACUAGUACGUUGCGGACCUAAUGCCAGAUGUAAGACCGAAAAUCAUAAGGCAAUUUGUGAAUGUAAUGCCGGAUUCGUAAAUAAUGGAGAUGAGCAGUGUAUUUCACCUUGUGACGAAUUUUCUUGUGCCCCCGGUGCCCAGUGCCUUUUAACUUAUGACGGGCCCACCUGCAGAUGUAUAGAAGGCUUGAUGGGAAAUCCCUUCCCAGGUGGAAGCUGCACCAAGGACGCGUGCUCAUCAACUAACCCAUGCGAAGACGAUAAAGUAUGUAUUAGCGGACGCUGCAAACAAAGAUGCCAAGGAGUUAUUUGUGGAGUUGGCGCUCAUUGCAUGAAAGAAACCAACAAAUGUGUCUGUGACCAUAAUUUAGUGGGAAACCCUGAUGUAAUUUGUAUGCCUCCAAAAUCUGGUGCGAUAUGCGACCCAACUUGCGGUACAAACGCGCAUUGCGAAUACGGCUUUCUGUCCAAUCAAUGUGUUUGCAACUCAGGCCUCACUGGUAACCCAUACGAAUCCUGUCGUACCACCAAAACACAAGAAAAAGAACGAUGCUCACCAUCAGCUUGUGGCACCAAUGCCGACUGCCAGGAAACAUUCAACGGAAUCGAAUGCUCUUGCAAACACGGCUUUGGCGGCAACGCUUUCAUCGAAUGCAAAGAUAUCGAUGAGUGCAAAAAUGACGUUUGUGGAGAAAACGCCGUGUGUAUCAACACCGUUGGCAGCUAUGAUUGUAGAUGCAAGGAAGGUUUCGCUGGUAAUCCUUUUGUCAUAUGCUCCCAAGUACAAGGAGGCAUUUGCAACAAACCAGAAAAUUGCCAAUGCAGUCAAACUCUACUGUGCCCCCCAGGGUAUUCCUGCAAAAGAGGUCAGUGCAAGAACGUAUGUGACUCAGUACGUUGUGGUCCCAAAGCCACCUGUGACAAUGGCAAAUGCGUUUGCCUACCUGGCCAUACUGGAAAUCCAAACACUGGCUGUACUCUUCAAGGCCAAUGCGCAAGCGAUAAUGAUUGUAACAACGAGGAAAUCUGUUUCCAAUUGGGUAAGGGUGUAAGAAAAUGCGUUGAUGCUUGCAGCAAGGCUCAAUGCGGCCCCAACGCAGUAUGCGUUGCCUCAAAGCACAGAACUUCAUGCUUGUGUAAUCGUGGAUUCAAAGGAAAUGCUGGAGACCUCGUCAGUGGCUGUCAAAUUGAGGAACGUACCAGUCCCAAAGAGUGUUUGGAAGAUAGUGACUGUAAAUUCGGAACCAUUUGCGGAAUUGAUAGUAAAGGAUUCCAGAAGUGUAUUAACCCGUGUGAAACGGUGGCGUGCGGAUCUUUUGAAACAUGCAAGCUUGACGUCGCUGGCCAUCCGACAUGCGCUUGCAAAGAUGAAUAUUUGUGGAAUCCAGUUACAUCGCUAUGCGAACAACCAUCAGUGCCAGAGUGUAAACAUGACACAGACUGUGAGCCUAUAGAGUCCUGCCUUCCUGAUGCUUUAGGAAUACUUAAAUGUGUAUCCAUUUGCGCUCAGUUCACUUGUCCCAAUAAUUCAGCUUGUGUAGCAGAAUCCCAUGAUGCCCACUGCAAAUGCUAUGAUGGCUAUAGCGGAAAUCCUAACGAUAGAAACGGAUGUCAACUAAUAAAGCAAGAUGAAUGCACUUCAGAUGCGCACUGCUCCGAGCAAAACACUUGCAAGCAAAACAUCAAAGAAAACAGAUUUACUUGUAUACCUGCAUGUGACUUGCUCAACUGCGGACCUAAUGCAAUAUGUGUUGUAAACAACCAUGUACCAAAAUGUCAAUGUCCACCAGGAUCAUUCAUUGGUGACCCCAAUGAUCCCUUAACGGGUUGCCAAUCGGUGCCGUGCGUUUACAACAUCGAUUGUCCAAGUCAUCAGCUUUGCAAUCGAAUGACUCACACUUGCUUCGAUGUAUGUGAUGAGGAAUCAUGUGGAACUAAUGCAGUAUGCAUCGGAGAAGAUCACAAAGCAACAUGCCAGUGCCCACCAGGGUAUACCGCCAAUCCAUUAGCGGAAGUUGAAUGUGUCCUGGUAGACUCUUGCAAAUCGAAUCCCUGUCAUAACACUGCUGAAUGCCACCCUACCCAAAGAGGAUAUAAAUGUGUUUGCCCAGAAGGAACAACUGGAGACGCUUUGGUAUCUGGCUGUAGACCAAAAGGAAACUGUCUUAAUAGCGACAAGGAUUGUCCAUCAGACCAAAUUUGCUUGCAAGGCAAUUGUACCAAUCCCUGCAGUGUGAAAUCCUGCGGACCGAAUGCAGUAUGCAAAGUAGUUGAACGCAAAGCUUCAUGUACUUGCCUCACUGGAUAUAAGUCUUCAGAAACUAUCCAAGGAGGGUGUCUAAGAUUGCUCACUACGUGUAACUCGGACCUCGAUUGUGAAAAUGAAAUCUGUCACAAAGGAGAAUGCCGACCUGUAUGCAGAAAUAAUGACGAUUGCUCGCAAGGUGAAAGCUGUUUGAACAAAAAAUGCGUUACAAAAUGUAGUGACCAUAGUCAGUGUGAUAGCAACCAGGCUUGCAUCGAAGGAAUGUGCAUAAUAGGUUGUAGAAGUGAUAAGAAUUGCCCAAGCAGUGAAGCUUGUAUCAACAACAAAUGCGUUAAUCCAUGCGAAUCAAAAGAUUCUUGUGGACCAAAUGCCAUAUGUUCCCGUAAAGAGCACCAAACAAUUUGCUCAUGUCCAAAAGGCUUUGAGGGCAAUCCAACGCCUCAGCAAGGCUGUAUAAGAAUUCCUGCCCUCUGCGAUGAAAAACAUCGCUGCCCAGUAAACCACACAUGUUUUAAUGAACAGUGCACCUUUGAAUGUAAAGGAAACAAUGACUGUGCCAUCGGAGAACGAUGCACUAAUAAAGGUUGCUUAAAAGUAUGUUUUGGAGACGGCAACUGCUUGACAGGAGAAAUAUGCAGGGAGGAAGUGUGCCAGCCUGGAUGCUCUGCUGAUAGCGACUGUAAAAACUCACAAGUAUGCCUUAAGGGAACAUGUAGAUGUGGUGCAGGUUUCACAAUGAGUCCAAAAGGAUGCAUUGAUAUAGAUGAGUGUGCUAGCCAUCCUUGUCAUCAUAGCGCUAUUUGCAAAAACGACCAUGGCUCUUAUAAAUGUAUUUGUCCAGAAGGCAUGAUUGGAGAUCCAUAUACCAGUACUGGAUGUUCUGGUCCAGGCCAGUGCAGGUCAGAUAAAAACUGUCCAGACAACUUAAUAUGCAAACGAAAUAGAUGCCAAGAUCCAUGCGAUAGAUGUGGAGUAAAUGCUCUAUGUGCAGUUGCUAAUCAUCAACUGGCAUGCGCUUGUCCACCUGGACAUCUAGGAAAUCCUUUCGAUAAGACGCUGGGGUGCUUUAAGGUCGAAUGUAUUGAAAACGAUGAUUGCUCUGACGAUAAGUUUUGCAAUGCUCAUUCGAAUAAAUGCUUAGAUCCCUGCGACUUUGUGGAUUGCGGCAAAGGCUCGUGUCUCUCAGAAAAGCAUGAUGCUGUAUGCAUUUGUUCAGAUGGUUAUCGUCUAUCUGAAGAUAAGUGCGUUAACAUUAAUGAAUGUGCGGAAAGUCGCCCUUGCCAUCCAAGCGCACAAUGUAUCGAUAGUGAAGGUAGCUUUUCGUGCAUAUGCGGAGAAAACCUUGUAGGAGAUCCAAUAACUACCGGCUGCAGAAAUCCAGGAGACUGUCUAAAAGACUCGGACUGUCCAUCUUCCGCAUAUUGUGACAACGAAACGUGCAGAAACCCAUGCGAGGCACCAAAUUCUUGUGGAAAAAACGCUCUGUGCCUCCCAGUUGCCCAUAAAACAACCUGCAAAUGUCCAGAAAAGACUAGAGAAGACGCUGAACAGAACUGCAUACCAAUCGAGUGUUCUAGCAAUAAUGAUUGUGCUGGCAAUCAAAUUUGUGUCGAUUCGAUUUGUAACGAUCCAUGCUCGUUGGCUAACGUUUGCGGCCAGAACGCUGACUGCCUUGCAACAAAUCAUCAAGCAGUAUGCACUUGUCAAGCCGGUACUACUGGAGAUCCCCAUUUGGGUUGCAUAGCCGUAAGGUAUUGCGCAAAUGAUAAACAAUGCCCUCAAGGUCUCAACUGUUACAAUGGCAUCUGCACAUCACUCUGCGGAUCCUCAAGAGAUUGCAUUAAAGAUCAACUUUGCAUUCAGGGAUACUGCCAACCUACAUGCAAGACUAACUCCAGUUGCCCAGAGUUUCAGUUCUGCCAAGAUAACAUUUGUCAACAAGAAGUGCGCUGUAGAGCCAACCAUGACUGUGGUGCUACGGAACGCUGUAUUUCCAAUACUGUAGGCCAGCCGGAAUGUGUUGAUGCAUGUGAAGGAGUCUUAUGUGGACGAAAUGCUGAAUGCCAGUCCAAGAAACACGGUGCCCAGUGCGUCUGCAAGUCAGGCUUCAAAGGAAACCCAAAUAAUGAAAAGACUGGGUGUCAAAAGGUUGAAUGUGAGGAAAAUAAAGAUUGUUCCACCGAUAAGCUAUGCGACCAAAAUAUGUGCAAGAUUGCUUGUCUAGUACACAACCCCUGUGGAAAGAAUACUUUAUGUUCUGCAGAGGAGCACAAGCAAGUCUGCUAUUGCCAACCAGGUUACACUGGCGAUCCUCACUUAGGCUGUACCCUGAUAGACUUUUGUUUGGACGAACCUUGUGGACCUAAAGCCCUUUGCAGCAACUCGCACGGCUCAUUUAAGUGCCAAUGUCCAACCGGGCUCAUUGGAGAUCCCUAUAAUGAGGGAUGCAGGCCGGCAGUUGAAUGUACCAAAGACUCUGAGUGUCCGGCAGUCGCUUUUUGUGACCAAGCAACAAAUAAAUGUAAAACUAUUUGCGACAGUACACAAUGUGGACCGAACUCUGAAUGUAUAGCGGUUGACCAUCGAGGCCAUUGCACUUGUAGGAACGGCUACGAAGGAAAUGCUCAAGACUUGGUGAACGGCUGUAGACCCAAGCUGGUGAACUGUAAAACCACUCAUGAUUGCCCAGCCAAUACUUAUUGCUACGGAAAUGUUUGUAAUCCCCCUUGUAAAGGGCACGAAGAAUGUGGGACAGAUGAACAGUGCUUAGAAGGACAUUGCUUAAACCCGUGCGUACUACCCAAGGCAUGUGGUGUUAAUGCUCACUGUGAAGUAUCAGACCAUCAGAAGGUGUGCAGCUGUCCAGAAAGGUUUACAGGUCAUCAUGAUGUAGAAUGCAUUAGAUUGCCAACAUCAUGUUCUUCAGACCUGGACUGUGGGACCAACUCAACUUGCAAAGAGCAUAUUUGCAUGCCCCAAUGCAAAUCCGACCUCGACUGCGCCUUCAAUGAAAAAUGCCUUAAAGGAGACUGCAUGCUGACUUGCCGCGUAGACAACGACUGCUUCCUCGGCCAUAUUUGCCUAAGAAACAAAUGCAUAUUCGGCUGUCAUGGGGACGACGAUUGUGGAAGUAGUGAAUCUUGCAUCAAUAACAAAUGCAUCAAUCCUUGUCUUGAAAACACUUGCGGACCUAACGCACAGUGCUCAGUCUCCAAUCACCGGGCGACAUGUUCUUGUGGCGAGGGAUUGGUGCCGAACCCUACAGCCAAUGUGGCUUGCGUCCGAACACCAGCGGAACCUUGUGGGCAAAAUAGUGACUGUUCUACCAACUACAUCUGUAAAGACUCAUUCUGCAGAAGCAUCUGCUUGGCGGAUAGUAACUGCUUCAAUAACGAACGAUGUGAAAGCGGUGUCUGCAAACCGAUCUGCCGCAAGGACGACGACUGUAGAAGCGGCGAGAUAUGCGAAGGCAUUAAAUGUACUAUUGGCUGUAGGGCGAGCUCAGGAUGUCCCGAGAAUCAGUCUUGCGUAAAUAACAAAUGUGUGGAUCCCUGUUCCUCGCCUACUGCUUGUGGUACUAACGCCAAAUGUACUAUGACCGAUCACAAGAAAACUUGCGAAUGUCCUCAACAGUUGGAGGGCAAUGCGUUUGAAACGUGUAAGAGACUAAUGAAAGCGUGUGGUCAAUCUGAAGAUUGCAACUCGGAUGAGUCUUGUUUGGAAGGAUUUUGUGAAGCUAACUGCAAAACAGAUCAAAACUGCCUUGAGGAUGAAAGGUGUAUCAGAGGCACUUGCCAGAGCAUCUGUAAUUCGGAUAGUUUUUGCGCUGCACAUCAAAUUUGCGAAAACCGAAUGUGUAUUGUGGGCUGUCGAAAUGAUUCUGUUUGCUCUGAGGGUCAUGCUUGCAUCAACAGCAAAUGCCAAGAUCCUUGUAUCAGCUCCGCAACCUGUGGAUCUUGCGCCGAAUGCCACGUCAAAAACCACCUUGCUCACUGCAGUUGUCCCUCAAACUUCCUUGGGGAUCCUCUUAUAUCUUGCACGCAGCCAGUAGCCAAAUGCAACGAUCAUUGCGAAUGUGAUUCGGCUGGCUACUGUAUUAAGAAAUGUCAAGAAUCCACCGAUUGCGCGUGCGGAGAAACUUGCGUGAGUGGCCAGUGCAGAAAUAAAUGUACUGCGCAAAUCGGCUGCGCACAGGGACAAAUUUGUACAAACGGAGCGUGUAUCCCUGGCUGCAGAACUGAUGGCGAUUGUGCUAGUUCAGAGGCGUGCAAGAAGGGUAAAUGUGUUAAUGAAUGCAAACAGCCCUUUGCUUGUGGCAAGAAUGCAUUAUGCAGAGUUUCUGAGCAUAGAAAGAUCUGUUUGUGUCCAGAUGGGUAUCAAGGAGACCCAAUUGCCUUAUGUUCACCAUACCAGUGUAAAUCAGACGAUCAAUGUGAACCAAAUAAAAAAUGUGGCUCGGACGGUGUAUGUAUUAAUUCAUGCCUCGAAAAGGGAGCCUGCGGUGUUAACGCCCAAUGCAAAAUAAUUGAUCGAAAAGCAUUUUGCUCAUGUCCACCUGGUUAUGUCGGUAAUGCUCAAGUAGAAUGCAAGCCGGAAAGUAGCCAAGCGUGCCUAAAGAACCCUUGCGGUCACAAUUCCAAAUGUAAAGACCUUCCCGAUGAAAGUUUCGAAUGUUCAUGUGCCCCUGGAUGUGUGGGUGACGCCUACAGAGGAUGCGAUUGUGACGAGCAAAUCGUCAAACUCUGCAAGAACACUUUGUGUGGAGUUGGAGCAAUUUGCAAAGUAAUUAGCGGAAAACCGCAAUGUGUUUGCCCUUCAAACAAGCAAGCUGGAGAUCCUACCAUUGAAUGUUCCCAAGAUAGAAGUGCAUUGGAUUGUAGAACAGAAGGUUGUGGAACAAAUGCGGAAUGUAUAAGGGAACAAGCGUUCUUCGUUUGUCGUUGCAAGCCCGGAUUCUCCGGGCAACCAGACCAAGAGUGCCGUAAGGCAGCCGAAUGUAACAAUGAUCUUGACUGCUCGGACCAAAAAGCUUGCCUCAACUUCCAAUGUAUAAACCCCUGUAGCCUUAGGGGCGCUUGCGGCGAGAACGCCCUCUGUAAAACGAUCCAGCACCGUCCCAGGUGCUCGUGCCCCGAUUGUUAUAUCGGUAGCGCAAACACCGCGUGUCAUCCCGACCCCAAUUGCUUGAAAACCCAACCGAGACCAGCGGGGCAGGCCGUUUGCUUCAUUGAUUCAGAUUGUGAGAAUAAUUUGGCUUGUGACUUGAGAACUGGCAAAUGCCACAACCCUUGCGAGACUCAGAACGUCAAGUGCAGGGAUAAUAAGAAGUGCGAGGUGCACAACCACAGAGCCACGUGCGUCUGCAAGAACGGAUUCAUGGUGAACGAGAGGGGAGAAAUCUCGUGUGGUCCAGAAAAGGCCGAGUGUACUAGCAACGACCAAUGUCCAAGCAAUAAGGCUUGUAUAAACAGACUGUGUCAGAAUCCUUGUAAAGGUUCUCCGGCGCCCUGUCCCGCAGAUAAGGGUUGUGACGUUCAAAAUCAUAAACCAGUUUGCAUAUGCUUGAAGAACUGCAGUCCAUCCCUCUCGAUCUGUUUAAGAGAUAACGGCUGCCCCAUUGAUCAGGCCUGCAGGGCAUUCAGAUGCGAGAAUCCCUGCGAAACGGCCAACUGUCCCGAAAAUACCCCUUGUAGAGUCGAAGAUCAUAAACCGAUAUGCGAAUAUUGUCCCCCAGGAUACAAGCAAGACCCCAAAUACGGAUGCACUAAAGAUGUGCAAUGUCGAACUCACGCCGAUUGCGCAGCAACGCAAGCUUGUAUAAACCGUAAAUGUCAGAAUCCUUGUCUGGUAUCCAACCCAUGCACCAACUCUCAUGAUUGUCAGGUACAAGAGCACCAACCAGUGUGUGUUAAAGUGUGCCAAUGCCAAACUGAUCGAGAGUGCGCACAUUUAGGACAGAGGUGCGAUGGAUGUAAAUGUGUCAUAGAAGGACGAAAUCCGCAAUGUGCCCACUGCCCACCCAAUGUGCCUUGCGACCCCAUCACCGGUGCUUGUCAAAAGGAUCUGGUGACCACACCUGAAACACUAACAGAAACACAAACAAUAACAAUUGCUAGUUCCGCUCUAACACCUAAAACGGAAUUAACCACAACGGAAAUUGAAGGUACCACACAUUAUUUUACCACUGAAGGUGAGGCAUUGGAGACGACAGCAGCUACUGAGUUGAUACAGCACGUAUAUCCGGUCACAACUACUACUGAAAAAUAUGUUACGAUUACUCCGCAAUAUGCUAAUGGUAGAGCACCAGCUACUGUAAAAACUUCUACAACGCAUGUACCCCAGUUAGAAAUUAUAACAGUUAAAAAACCAGCGAUCAGUGUCACAGAGAGCGUCAUAGGGGAGAAUUUCAAGACUGGCACUACAAAGAAAUCAGAGGCAGCAAUAGUAACUACUGAAGAAGGUACAAUAACACCUGCAAAAGCUUCUAUAACAGAACAAGAAGCCACUACUUAUUUAACAGGAUUAAAAGAACAAACUAAAUUACUGUUUGAAACAACUGAAUUUACCAUUGGCAGUACUGAAGAAGCAACCCCUUUUACAACGACUAAGCCUGUACUAAGCCAAGAAACUGAAAUACCAUUAAAAGCAACCGAAACUGAAGUUAGCAGUACUGGAAGAACACCACCCAAAGAGGAAUCUGUUACAAGCGUACAACAGUCAACAGAGAGCGAAUCAAAAGUCCCUAGUUUAACAACUACAAUGGAAUUACUUACUUCUAAAGAUUCAAUAAAAACGACUCAAUCGUCUCUUACUGAAGCAUCCACAUUAAUAGCAACUUCUACUGGUUCUGAAAAAACCACAAUAUCUUUAAAGUAUGCUUCUGUUACUGAAUCAAACAUAUUUAAAGACGUAACUACUUACACAACGACUAAACCUUUAACGGAAAGCGAAGGUAUCAGUACCACAAGAACAGAACCCACCGAGGCUCCUGUUACUAGUGUAAAAGAUAUAGAAAGUACCACUCAUUCGGUUGGGACAGAAUCAACCUUUCCUGAAACGGUUUCGGUUACAAUGGAAGAACUUACUUCACAAGGUAAAUUAAAAACAUCUGAAGUAACCACUCCCACAACGACUGAACCUUUAAGGGAAAGCAACGGUAUCAGUACUACAAGAACAGAACCCACCGAGACUCCUGUUACUAGUGUAAAAGGCAUAGAAAGUACAAAAUCUUCAGUUGAAACAGAAUCAACUGUCACAGAAACAGCUUCGGUUAUAUUGGAAGAAUAUACUUCAAAAGAUUUGUUAAAAACAACUGAAGCAUCUCUUACUGAUGGACCUAUAUUAAUAGAAUCCUCCACUGCUUCAGAGGAAUCAACAGUUUCUUUGGAGAAAGCUUUUACUACAGAAUCAAAUAUAUUUGAAGAAGCAAACUCUUCCACAAGAACCCAACCCACCGAAACUUCUGUUACGAGUGUAAAAAGCAUGGAAAGUACCAAAUCUUCAGUUGAAACAGAAUCAACUGUCCCGGAGACGGCUUCGGUUACAAUGGAACCAUCUACUUCUAAAGGCUUAUUAAAAACAACUCAAGCACCUCUUGCUGAGGGACCUACAUUAGUAGAAUCCUACACUGAUUCAGACAAAUCCACAAUAUCUUUGGAAACUACUUCUGUUACUGAAUCAAAUAUAUUUGGGGAAAGUACUAAACCUUCAGUUGAAACAGAAUCAACAGUCUCUGAAACGGCUUCGGUUAUAAUAGAAGAACUUACUUCAAAAAAUGUCUUGAAAACAACUGAAGUACCUGCUACUGAAGGAUCUACUUUCAUAGAAUCCUUCACUGAUUCAGAAAAAUCUACAAUAUCUUUAGAGGCUGCUUCUGAUACGGAAUCAAAUAUAUUUAAAGAAAAAACUACUUUCACAACGAAUCAACCUAUAACUGAAAGCGAAAGUAUCAGUACUACAAGAUUACAACCCACUAACACUUCCACUAGUGUAAAAGGCACUGAAAGUACCAAACUUUCAGUUGAAACAGAAUCAACUCUCUUUGAAAUAACUUCGGUUACGAUGGAAGUGCCUACUUCUCAAGGCCUAUUAAAAACAACUGAAGCCUCUCUUACUGAGGGAUCUACAUUAAUUGAAUCCUCAACUGCUUUAAAGGAAUCAACAGUUUCUUUAGAGAGUGCUUCUACUACAGAACCAAAUAUCGUAGAAAAAGCAACAACUUCGAAAGAAAGUACUACAGUUUCAGGUGAAGUCGAAUUAACGGUCCCUAGUGGAACGACUUCUGUUUCAAUGGAAGUACCUACUUCAAAUAAUUUAUUAACUGAAUCACCUCUUAUUACCUUAAUAUCAUCCUCCACUGCUUCAGUAGAAUCAACCAUUUCUUCAGAACCAGCUUCUGUUACGGAAUCAAAAAUAUUUGAAGAAGCAACAACUUCGACAAUAAGUAAACUUGUUACCAGUGAACAAAAAUCAGCAAGUACUACAUUUUCAGGUGAAGUAGGAUUAACAGUCCCUACUAAAACGACUUCUGUUUCAAUAGAAGUACCUACUUCAAAAGAGAUAUUAACUGAAUCACCUUCUACUGAGGCCUUCCUAACGUCCACCACUGCUUCAGAAGAACCAACAGUUUCUUCAGAGCGAGCUUCUGUUACAGAAUCCAAAAUAUUUGAAGAAUCAACUAUUGUUACAACGACUGAACCUUUAAUAGGAAUAAGUCAAGAAACUGAAAAAUCAGUUGAAGGUAUUAGUACUGCAAGAACACAACCCAACGAGGAAGCUGUUACUAUUGUACAAGAAUCAGAAAGUACUAAAUUUCCAGGUGAGAUUGGAUCAACAGUCAUUAGUCAAACGACUUCGGUUACAUUGAAAUUAUCUACUUCAAAAGAUUUAUUAAAAACAACUGAAUUACCUCUUACUGAAGCAUCUACUUUAAUAGCAUCAUCUGAUGAGACAACUUUCUUUGCAACGGGUGGUUUAAAAACUGAAAAUGCUGGUACUGUAUCUUCAGAAAGUACUAAGUCUUCACUUACUACAGAUUCCGAACUGGUUAGUACAACAUCUACGAUAACAAUAGCUACUUCGCAAGAAGACUUUACUGCUCAAACUUCUUAUGAACAAGAAAGUCUUGCCAGUAGUACUACAUCUCCAACGGAACAGUAUACUACUAGUUUUCCAACAAACACCAGAAGCCAAAUUCCGGAAGAAGAAAUCAUUAAAAUAUUAACUAGUACCUCAGGUUCUUCAAGAUUAACAACUGAAUUUGACGAAAAUACUUCACAAUAUCUUAGCACUCAAUCAGAAGUCUUUAGUAAAACAUCUACAGUUUCAGUACCUAUUACAGAAGCUUCGACACAAGCAACUGAAGUAUCUUCUACUAAAGCGAGUACAAGCUCGUCCUCUACACCAUCAGAUGAUACUAAAUCUUCUUUUACAGAAUCAAAAGCUAAAGAAUCAAGUUCAGCUACAAUGACCUCAUAUGUUACAGAGGCAGAAAUACCAUUUAAAGCAACUGAAAUCGAAAUAAGUCAUACCGAGAAAGCAUUAACUGAAGAAAACCUUAUAACUUUACGCAGUGCACCAUCUUCGGAAAGUACUAAAUAUUCAGUUAUUACAGAAUCAGAGGUGCUUAAUGAAACAAGUACGAUGGCAAUGGGGGUUACUGAUUCCAAGAUACCUGGAGAAGCAACUGCCGUUACAAAUAAAGGAUAUACUGAAGGAUCAACAAUUUCAGAAAAAGUUUCUACCAUUGCUAUGGGGCAUGGUGAAUCUUCUGUAGAAGAAACUACAGUCAUCACGGCUGAAAUAGCCAUUACUGAUAAAGAAAAAGAAAGUGUAACAUCAGAAACUACUAAAUCUUCCUUUAUCACAGAGGUGCCAUCAACUGAUAUAAUAAUAACUGAGAAAGCUAUAUUGCAAGAAACAUCAACAGCAGCUGGUUUAGAAGAAGGAUCAUCAGCUACUAAAUAUCGUAGUGAAGAAACUCUGAGUACACUGACAGGAGCUUCUAAGGAAAUUACUUCCACAGUACCAUCAAUAACAACCAUUAGUGAGUUAGAUGUAACAAAAGAUAUAACCGAAAAAUCAUCACAGCGAAACACUGAGGGAAGCACUGCAGAACAGCCAUUGUCGACUGUUGCAACCACAAGUAUUGGAACUUUCGAAUCUAAAAGUAAAGGAACGACUGAAACAAUAAUUGAAUCAACAACUCAAUCUAACGAAUAUAUUUCCACAAUGGGUUCUUCUGAAGGUGCUAAAGAAAGAACUACAACAGUGCUACCAAAAACUACGAGAAACUUGGGUGAACUUGAUCAAACUGAGACCGAGAAUAUUCCUACAGUAACAACUCAAGUACCAUCGAGGGUCACUGAGAUUACCGGGGAAACUGUUAGUGCAGAAACUUCUUCACAAUAUAGACCAAGUCAACCAGAAUCUUCAACUAAUGUUUUUGAGGCCAGUACAACAACGCAAGAAGCAGAAGCAAUAUCACAAGUUUUUUCAAGUUAUCAAACAACAGAAUCAAACUUGCUAGAAAGUGGGAGCACCUUAAUAAUUCCUUCUGCAGAAAGUACAAUAGUGACAGAACAACCAGAUAGAACAACUGAAAAAACUGUGUUUACUGUGACACCUAAAGGCGGAAGUGAAUCUGCUACUGGUACCUCAACUGAAAAGGAGCUAUCUACAAUUGAAACAAGAAAAACAACAUUAACUACUGUUGCUAUUGAGAAGGAAGGAACCUCAACAACAACUAUACUUAAAGAGUUAGGUACAGAAGGCAAUUUGGAUCAAGAAAAAGGUAUUUCUACUGUAAGCGAACUAUCAACUGACGAAACUUCAACUGUAGUCGCUGGUCAUAGUACCACAGCUGUGCCAGAAAAUACAGUUAUCACAACUAUUAAACAAACUAGUUUCCCUGAAGGUACUACUGUCUUUUAUUUGCCAGAAAGUACCAAAAUGUCUUUAACCGAAUCAUCUGUAGAACAAGAAGAACAAACAGAGCAUGAAACAACUGAGGAUCAUACGGAUUCUGGCAGUCUAGACCAAACUACACCAACUGGUAUAGUUGAGUUUUUAUCAACACAGAUAAUGAGAGAAUCAUCAACGAAACAAUUUGCUACUUCCUUCCACAUAGGUAGUACUAUUGCGGGAGAUGAGACAAAAACUGAAGAUUAUGGUGCAAAACAAUCUAGUGUUUUAACUUUGGAGACAACUAAAGGGACUUCAAUUUCUGAAGGUGUUACGGAAAUUUCAUCAUCAACACCACAAGGAGAAGGUGAAGAAUUAACCAUAGAACCGCUUUCUAGCACUAUAAAAAUGUCAACAUCUGAAGCAGAAAGUGGUUUAAGCACCAAAAAAUAUUUUUCGAAAGAAUCAACAACGCAGGCAUAUAGUCCUUCUGAAAGUGAAGCCACAAGUUCUUUGGAAACUGCUACUGAAACCAUAUCAGAAAUAACAGUUACUUCAGGUAAUAUUAAUACUAGUCAAGGUAAGGAACAAGAAAAGCAAUAUACUACUAUGAGCUCAACUCCGUCUUAUUCUGAAACACUUAAGACAGUAUCUUCUGAAGUAACUGAAAUCGUACAAGAGAGUACAAGCAAUAUUGGAACAUCUACUAAUAAAGUUAUUUUAGUCACUGAGGAGAAGGAAGCUUCAACCUCAUAUAUCGAAGAAUUAACAACUCAAAUCUCACUUCAACAAGAAACUACUCGAGCACCGACUAGUACACAAGUUUCCUCAGAAACAACACCGCUGCUUGAAGAAAAUACCUCACAAUAUUUUAGCACAGAAACUGUAGAAAGUCAUAUUAGUACAAAUGAAUCAACUACAUCUUUAGAAAGCGAAUCUCAAACAACACAAUCAACUACUUUAGGGAAAUUUAAAGAAACUACUUCCACAGAGGCUGGAGAGCAAAGUUCUGAAACUUUGGCUGAUAGAGGUUUGACUGCCACCAUACCUACUGAAUCAACUGAAAGUUCUACCAAACUUGUAGUGACUACCACAUCUUAUUCACUUAAUGAAACUGAAGCCACCACACAAUCGAUAAAUUUAGAGCAAACGACCAUUGUAUGGCCAACAAUGUCUUCAACGACAUCAGAAACUUUGAUCGGUCGAAACAAACCAGGAAUAGAAGCUUUUGCUACCGCCUCAACCCAACUUGCAACAGACUCAAAAUACACAACUACAAGUAUUGUAGACUUACAUAAAGUGACCUCUGAGAUACCUGUAAAUACGGCUACAAUGGAAACAGCAGCCGGAUUCACGUACGAAACCAUAACAGCGCAGUAUCCUCAAGAACAAAUGACAGUACCUACGUCGAAAAAUUUAGUAACAGAGUCUGCACGGCCCUCUACCAUUGUGCAUGUAGAGGAAACAGCUGAAACUGCUACUUUCCAUAUAACUGAGAGACCAUUAACUACUCCUAUUAGUGUUUCGACUACUCCCAAGGAGUACUCGGUAACAUUUACUAUCCCAACUGAAAAAGUUGUGUAUGUGAAAUCAGAAACAACAGCUGCACCAGUAGAAACAACGACGAAGUUCUUCGGAGAAGUUUCAACUCUCAGUACUCUGCUUACCACAAGAGAAGUAUAUGAAAUUACUACUAUUGGUAAGACUAGCAUCCCUAUUAGUGAGGGAGAGGUCAUAGAGAUCGUCACUCCUUUAUAUCGACCUGAAGGGGAUAGCAGUACUACUGAAGGAGUUAAGCAUCACGUUGUCAUGACCACUGAGCAGCUAGAAGAGCUUACUACUACAGGUAGCACAACUGUUUCAAAAAUAAUGUCAACCACUGAGAGUGGGUCUUCUAGUACUCUCACAGCAGAGACAUUUACUACUAUAGAAAAUAUUAGCGAGUCAACUGAAAGUUCUUUAGUACCUGGUAAAGAAGCUGGCACGUCUCUAUCAACUAGUGAAGUCUCUAAAGAAAUAGCAACAGAAUCUGAAGUAACAAGUGGUAUCACUACUGAACGUCAACAAGCAACUACAAUAAGGACUUCUGAAGAAGAAAAUAUAACCAUGGGUUUAACCUCAAAAAGUGAGAGCACUACUGAAACUAAAUUGACUACUAGUUGGUCCCCUCUUCAGCUAAACGUAACAGAGUCUUUUACAUCUUUUGAUUUUACGACUUCAGAGGACGUUGAGGGUCCAGAAACAAAAUCUCCUCCUUCAAAGAAAGUCAGUGGUAUAUCUAGUACAAUAACAGAAGAUAUGACGGAAAUCAGUUCUAAACUUUCAACUGUUGCUGCAAGCUCAGAAGAAACUACGAGUUUUACAAUGACUCCAACAGAUUCGAGCUCUUCUACCUCUCAUAAAGAUUCAUUCUUAACAUCUACUACCGUAGGCUCGUUGGAUACUGAUUCUACUGCAACUGAAACUGUUACUACAGAGAAAGUAGAGCUAUCAACACAGUACUCGAUCCAAGAAAGUACUAUGAGCGAACCUGGACUUGUAGAAGGUGAUAGAGCUUCUUUAACAACUAAAGAACCAAGUGCCAUCGAUCAGUUUACGGGGUCUUCAGUUACUUUUAAGAAAACAACCAUUGAACAUUUCGGUACAAAUGUAGAAACUACAUCAGCUGAGGCUUCGGUACCAGAGUCAAUGGCUACUGAGUCAUAUAGUUCCACACUGACCGUUGCAUUGACUCCAAUAGAAACUACCGAAUCAAGCUCACUUACUUCUCAUAAAGAAUUUACUACUCUACAGUCGUUAGAUACAGGUUACUCUACAACUGAAACUAUUAUUACAGAAAAAGUGGAGUUAUCAACACAAAUCCCUGUCCAGGAAAGUACUAUGAGCGAAUCUGAAAUGACUUUAGAACAUGGAAUAGAAGGUGACAGAACUUCUGUAACGACUAAAGAACCAACUACCAUCGAUCAGUUUACGGAAUCUUCCGUGGCUUUUGAGAAAACUACCAUUGAACAUUUUGUUACAAAUGUAGAAACUACAUCAGCUGAGGCUUCGGUAGCAGAAUCAAUGGCUACUGAGCCAUACAGUUCCACAUUGACUGCUGAAUUGAUUCCAAUAGAAACUACGGAAUCUACUUCUAAUAAAAAAAUUUCAACAUCUACCACUCUAAUGUCCUCAGAUAUUGGUUACACUGCAACUCAAACUGUGUCUACAGGGCAAGAAAUUACCACUAGCGAACAUGUAACGACUAAAGAAUCAAGUGCCAUUGAUCAGUUUACGGAAUCUUCCGUUGCCUUUGAGCAAACGACCAUUGAACAUUUCGUUACAAAUGUAAAAACUACAUCAGCUGAGGCUUCAGUAUCAGAAUCAAUGUUUACUGAGCCACACAGUUCCACAUUGACUGCUGAAUUGAUUCCAACAGAAACUACUGAAUCAAGCUCAUUUACUUCUCAUAAAGAAUUUGUUACUACAGAAAAAGUAGACUUAUCAACAAACCCCUUAAACCAAAAAACUACCAUGAGCGAACCUGAAACAACUUUAAGUGUUAUACAAGGCGGUCGAGCUUCUUUAACGACUGAAGAACCGCAUGCUAUUGAUCAGUUUACUGAAUCUUCAGUUGCCUUUGAGAAAGCUACUAAUGAACAUUUCGUUACAAAUGCAGAAACUACAUCUGCAGUUACGGAAUCAAUGGUUGCUUCAAUCAAUGUUACUACGAUCUCUCCUAUGUUGACCACGAUCAUGACAUUUACUACAAACGCGGUAAUAUCAGUAAAAAAUUUUACGGAUCAACAAAUGACCCAAUGCCUCACAGAUACAGACUGCGAAGAUGCGGAAGUUUGUAUCUUUAAAAUGUGUAUAAAUGUGUGUACCGUGGGCAAUCUGUGUGGCAGUAAUGCCAUUUGUACGUCGGAGGAUCACGCGGCCGAUUGCACUUGUCCUCCUCACCAUUUCGGAGAUCCUCACAGGAUUUGUUAUCCAGAGCCUCAUGGUGAGCGCGCACCAAAACCGUGCGAGUCAGACUCGGACUGUCUCGAGUCAGAGGCGUGCUAUCUCGGGCUCUGUCAGGAUCCGUGCGAGUUUACUAGCGCCUGCGCGGCAGGCGCCAGGUGUCAAGCGAAAAUGCACAGGCCCAUAUGUACAUGUCCAAUGGGAUUCGAAGGAAACCCGGCCGUUAAGUGCACGAAAUCGCCUACAAUGGGUUGUACAGCCAACGAAGACUGUCCUAUUAGUGAAGCAUGUAUAGAUCGAGCAUGCCAAAGACCUUGCGAUGUUCAUAAUCCCUGUGCCCAACAUUCUGUUUGUAUCAAUACCAACCAUGGAUGCGACUGUAGUUGCGAAGAAGGUUAUCAAGGAAAUGGUUUUGUUGGAUGCUCACCAGGUAUAUUUACAUACAUUUACAAAAAAAAACCAUCUUACACCUAUCUAUACGUAGUGCUCGACUAUGGCCCACCAGUCUGCCAAUACAACGAAGACUGCCCACCAAACAAGUUAUGCGAUAGAUUAAACAGAAGAUGCAUAAACCCAUGUUUUGAAGACUCUUGCGGAGACAACGCCGAAUGCAUACCUAAAAACCAUGAAGCCACCUGCGUUUGCUUACCAGGUUACGAAGGAAACGCCUAUAUAGAAUGCUCAGGAGUGUACGGCUGUAGACACGACUCAGAAUGCUCUACAAAUGAAGCCUGUAUCAACCAGCAAUGCAUAUCCCCUUGCAACUGUGGUGUAAAUGCCAUCUGCGAUGUGGUCAACCAUAAAGCUCAAUGCAAGUGUCCUGCAGGAUAUCUAGGCGAUGCCAGGGUAUCCUGUCAGCCACCGACCAACCCAUGCGAUCCCAACCCUUGCGGUACCAAUGCCCUCUGUGAACUAGAUAACGGAAACCCUAUUUGCUUCUGCCCUAAGGGUCUUACAGGAAAUCCUUUUAAGAAUUGCAUUCCAGAAGGCGACGAAUGUUCUCCAAACCCCUGCGGUCCAAAUUCGGGCUGUAGAGUGGUAGGAGGUAACGCAGUAUGUUUCUGUCUACCAGAAUUUGAAGGAACACCUCCUCAUAUACCAUGCAGUUUACCAACCAACCCUUGCGACCCAUCACCCUGCGGUCCUAAUACACAAUGCUCAAUACUCGCAAAUGGUUUUGCCAAAUGUACUUGCUUGUCAGGCUUCCUCGAAAGUCCAAACACUAUAAGAGGCUGCGUAGAAGCCAAGAACCCUUGCGAACCCAGUCCAUGUGGACCCGGAGCACUUUGCGAUCCUCACGGAGAGCCUGUUUGCUAUUGUCCGUACGGAACAGUUGGAAAUCCGUUUAAAAGCUGUGCUGGAGGUGUGGAGAAACGACUGUGUAGCCCUGGUCCUUGCGGACCUAACGCUGACUGCUACAAUACCAACAAUGAAGAGCAAUGCUUCUGCAGGUCAGGAUUUAUAGGUGAUCCCUAUACUGGCUGUAGAAUUCAACCAUCGAGCCCCUGCGUACCCAAUCCUUGCGGCCCUGGUGCUCAAUGCGUUAUUACUCCGGACGGAAACUCAAUGUGCAGAUGUCCAGAUGGUAUGGGAGGAGAUCCUACGGGACCUUUAGGAUGUUCCGGAUAUGAAUGUGUGACAGACGAGAGCUGUGGAGAUCAUCAGGCCUGCAUAGCAUAUAGGUGCAGAGAUCCUUGUCCAGGAUCUUGCGGAUUAAACGCCGAUUGCAGAGUAGAGAAGCACCAUCCCGUGUGUACUUGUCAGCAUGGCUUAACUGGAAAUCCCAUCAUAAGAUGCUUCCCAAUACCUUUUGAACUUCCACCACACGACCCAUGCAUGCCAAACCCCUGUGGGUUGAACACCUUAUGCCAAGUGGUUGGCACUAGGGCCGUAUGUUCUUGCCUUCCAGAUUUCCAUGGGGAUCCUCAAAGUGGUUGUCAACCAGAAUGCUUAAUAAAUUCUGACUGUCCAAUGAACAAGGCGUGCUUAGACAGGCAUUGUAAAGAUCCUUGUGCCCAAGGUCAUCUUUGUGGUGUAAACGCUGUAUGUCAAGUUCGUGACCACACUGCUUCUUGCGUCUGCCUUAAAGGAUUUAUGGGAGAUCCAUUUUUACAAUGUAUACAUUCUCCACCAGUAUCAAUACCCACUUACACUAAUGUAACAACUCAACCUUGCACUCCGUCGCCUUGUGGUAGUAUGGAAUGUAGCAGUUAUGGCACUCAGAUAGCCAUAUGUGAUCCUUGCUUAGGACCAGAGGCAGCGUAUAAUCCUUAUUGUAGACCGGAAUGUCUUUCAAAUGCUGACUGUCCAUUCCACCAAGCGUGUUUGAGAUUUAACUGUAUAGAUCCUUGCCCAGGCUCUUGUGGAGUCAAUGCUGUGUGUUCAGUAGUUUCGCAUACGCCAAUCUGUAGCUGUCCACAAGGUUUGAUUGGUGAUCCGUUCCAACAAUGCGUAGUACCAGCUGUAACAGAACCGGCACCAAAAGACACUUGUCUUUAUCAACGCUGUGGGGUAAACGCUGAUUGCAUUGAAAAACAACGCGGAAUCGCAUGCAUUUGUAGAAAAGGAUUCUUCGGAGAUCCGUACCUUGCCUGCAGACCCGAGUGUGUUAUAAAUCCAGACUGUUCAUUGGACAAGGCCUGCGUUAACGCCAAAUGUUCAAAUCCUUGCACUGACGUAUGUGGCGUAGGUGCACAAUGCGACGUAGUGAAUCACAUUCCAAUUUGCUAUUGUCCUCCCGGACAUACAGGCGAUCCAUUUGUAUCAUGCUACAAAGUAGUAAUACCUAGUUUACCUCACCUGCCUCCGGAAAAUCCAUGUGACCCAUCGCCUUGCGGACCUUUCAGUAGAUGUUUAGUAUCUCAUCAAGGCUACGCGACAUGCUCAUGUUUGCCCAACUAUCAAGGUGUACCGCCAGUGUGCAAGCCUGAAUGUAUCUCCACAUCAGAAUGUCCUCAAACAAAGGCUUGCAUCAACCAGAAAUGUACCGAUCCAUGUCCAGGCACUUGUGGAUCUGGAGCCAUUUGUUCUGUGAUAAACCACAAUCCCUUAUGCAGUUGUCCUCCAGGUUUCCAAGGAGAUCCGUUCUUUGGUUGCGCUCCAACACCAGUCGAAGAACGUCAACCAUCUACAACACCUGAACCGCUUAACCCAUGCGCACCAUCGCCAUGUGGUCCAAACUCAAUUUGCCAAAUAAAAGAGAAUCGACCAGUGUGCUCUUGUGUAGCCAAUUACAUUGGUAGCCCGCCGUAUUGUAGACCAGAAUGUGUCAUAAGUCAAGAAUGUCCUCAGCAUCAGGCUUGCGUUAAUGAAAAGUGCGUCGAUCCUUGUCCAGGCACUUGUGGACUGAAUGCUAAGUGUGAUGUGGUGCAUCAUACACCCUUCUGCAGCUGCUUGUAUGGUUAUGAAGGUGACGCCUUUGUUGGCUGUACAAGAAUAGUGGUAGCGACGAGACCAAAGGAUCCAUGCAACCCAUCACCCUGCGGUGAAAAUGCUCAAUGUUCCGUGAGUGGAGGAUCUGCUAAAUGCACCUGUAUUCCUCCAUAUAUUGGUAACCCCUACUCAGGAGGCUGUAGGCCGGAAUGUACUAUGAACUCCGAAUGCCCAAGUCAUCUGGCAUGUUUAUCAUUGCACUGUAGAGACCCUUGUCAAGGCUUAUGCGGUAUUAAUGCCGAGUGUAGUGUAUUUAAUCAUAUUCCUGUCUGCACUUGUGCCAGAGGAUUAAUUGGGGAUCCACAGACUGCUUGUAGAGAACCACCUAUACAAGAAAAACCGAGACCAUGUGAACCUUCCCCGUGUGGACCAUACAGUGUUUGUCGAACACGUAAUGACCAAGCCAUAUGCUCGUGUCAAGUUGGGUACUCAGGACAACCACCACACUGUAGACCAGAAUGCUUAGUCAGCUCGGAAUGUACCUCGGAUAAGGCCUGCAUCAAUCAGAAAUGUCAAGAUCCGUGUCCUGGAACAUGCGGAGUCAAUGCCAGAUGCCUUGUUAGCAACCACAAUCCAAUCUGCAGCUGUCCAGCUAACUUUGUCGGAGAUCCUUUCGUUAUAUGUAGGGAAGAAGAACGUAAAGUGGAACCAUCACCAGCGACUCCUUGUAUACCUUCACCAUGCGGCGCAAACGCCGAAUGUCAACCAGUAAGCAACCGAGCAGUAUGCACCUGUCUACCAGGAAUGUUCGGAGCACCGCCCAACUGUAGACCAGAAUGUUCCAUCGACCAGGACUGUCCUCUCACUCUGACUUGUACAAACCAGAAGUGUAGGGAUCCUUGUGUGGGUUCUUGCGGCUUCAAUGCCGAGUGCAGCGUGAUUAACCAUAGACCAAUAUGUAAUUGUCAGUCUGGGUUUGAAGGCGAUCCGUUUUCCGGUUGUAAUCCUGUGGUUGUAGUCGAAACGCCUCGCAACCCUUGCAACCCGUCCCCCUGCGGCUCAAACGCCAUAUGUAAAGAACGUAACGGCGCAGGCCCGUGCGCAUGCGUCCAAGGUUACUUCGGAGACCCUUACUCGGGCUGUAGACCCGAAUGCGUUACCAGUAGCGAAUGUUCUCACGAUAAAGCAUGCUUAAACAUGAAAUGCGCGGAUCCCUGUCCCGCUACGUGCGGCGUUAAUGCCGAAUGUUCCGUUAUCAAUCAUAACCCCCAAUGUUUCUGUAGUCCCGGAUUUACUGGAAACGCCCUGUUUAUUUGCAAGAAGAUCGAACCUAUCGUAAUAGAAGAACCAAAACGUAACCCUUGCAUUCCUUCACCCUGCGGGCCAUAUAGCGUAUGUCAAACAAUAAAUGACAGGCCGGUGUGCUCAUGCGCGGCCGGCUACUUCGGGGCUCCGCCCAUGUGCAAACCAGAAUGCGUGGUAAACUCCGAAUGUACCUUGGACAAGACUUGUCAGAAUCAGAAAUGCGUUGACCCAUGCCCUGGAACCUGCGGGUUGAACGCCUUAUGUCGGGUGGUAAAUCAUAGUCCGAUUUGUAGUUGUGCGCCUGCGUAUGUUGGCGAUCCCUUUAUCAGAUGUGUUCCCGAAGAGAAACGUCCAGUAGAAGUCGAGCCUUCGAACCCGUGCGUCCCAAGUCCAUGCGGAACAUUCUCGGAAUGUAAACCGAUAAAUAACAGACCAGUUUGCUCUUGCUUGCCUAAUUACUUUGGUCAACCGCCAAACUGUCGACCAGAAUGUGUAAUAAACUCCGAAUGUACGUCAAAUAAAGCCUGUGUAAAUCAAAGAUGUAAAGAUCCUUGUCCGGGAUCAUGUGGUUAUAAUGCCCAAUGUAGAGUCGUUAAUCACGUGCAAGUGUGCUAUUGCCUAGAAGGUUUUACCGGAGAUCCGUUCACCGGAUGUCAAGAAAUCAUCCCCGUAGAAGAACCCGCUAGACCUUGCAAUCCUUCGCCUUGCGGCAUAAAUGCCGAAUGUAAAGAGUUAAAUGGCGCGGGUUCGUGUACCUGCAUUCCAGGGUAUUUCGGAGAUCCUUACACUGGCUGUAGACCAGAGUGCGUCCAGAACUCUGAAUGUCCCAGAGAUAAAGCGUGCAUUAAUAACAAAUGCGUGGAUCCGUGUCCAGGAACUUGCGGCUUAAAUGCUGAAUGCGUUGUUAGUAAUCACUAUCCAAGUUGUAUUUGUUUAGAUGGAUUUACUGGGAAUCCUACGCUGUCAUGUCAUCAAAUACCUGCAGUUAUACCUCCUCCAGAAGAACCUAAAAACCCAUGCCAACCAUCACCAUGUGGUCCAUUCAGCCAAUGUAGGGUAGCAAACGGACACGCCGUAUGCUCUUGUCAGCAAAACUAUAUCGGAGCCCCACCCAUGUGCAAACCUGAAUGUUUAGUGAGCUCAGAAUGUUCACAAGACAGAGCUUGUAUCAAUCAAAAAUGUAAAGAUCCUUGCCCUGGAACUUGCGGUCUAAACGCUUUAUGCCACGUUAUCAAUCAUAACCCAAUUUGUAGUUGCUCUCCCGGACUUAUCGGUGAUCCGUUUGUAAGAUGCAUCCAAGAAGAACGCAAACCGGUGGUUGAGCCAACCAACCCCUGCAUUCCCUCUCCUUGCGGCCCCAACUCUCAAUGUAGAGUAGUAGGCACCCAAGGUGUUUGCUCAUGUCUACCCAACUAUAUCGGUAGAGCUCCAAACUGUAGACCAGAAUGCACCAUUAAUCAAGAAUGUCCGGGAAAUCUGGCUUGCAUAAACGAAAAAUGUCGUGACCCUUGCCCCGGCUCUUGCGGCUUUAAUGCCCAAUGCGUAGUAACAAAUCACUCACCACACUGCCAAUGCCAAGUAGGAUUCACUGGUGACCCCUUCAAUGGUUGUUCAUCCAUUCCAAUUGCUCCAGUAGAAGAAGAACGAAAUCCAUGCAACCCAUCACCAUGCGGAGCUAAUGCUGAAUGCAGAGAACGAAAUGGAGCAGGGUCAUGUGCAUGUUUGCCGGAAUAUUUUGGAGAUCCGUAUACUGGAUGUAGACCGGAAUGCGUCACGAACACUGACUGUCCAAGGGAUAAGGCCUGUUUUAAUAAUAAAUGUAAAGAUCCAUGUCCAGGAAUUUGUGGAGUCAAUGCUGAGUGUAGGGUGUCCAACCAUGUGCCCUCUUGCUUCUGUUUUGACGGAUAUACCGGAAACCCUUCAGUGUCUUGUCAUUUACCACCACCAAUUAUAGAAGUGCCUGAAAAUCCUUGCCAGCCAUCCCCUUGUGGGCCCUACAGUGUCUGUAGGGAAGUGAAUGGUCAUGCCGUCUGUUCUUGUCAACAAAAUUAUAUUGGCUCCCCACCAAUGUGUAAACCUGAAUGUAUGACAAGCGCAGAAUGCUCAUUAGACAAGGCUUGCAUAAAUACGAAAUGCCAAGACCCUUGCCCUGGAACAUGCGGGCUUAAUGCUCUUUGCAAAGUGAUUAAUCAUAAUCCGAUAUGUAGUUGCUCUGGUGGAUUUACUGGGGAUCCAUUUGUCAGGUGUAUACAAGAAGAACGGAAGCCUGAGCCACUCCCUCCAGCAAAUCCUUGUGUGCCGUCACCUUGUGGACCAAAUUCCGUCUGUAGAGUAAUUGGAAAUACCCCAGCCUGUUCUUGCGUGGAAACUUUCGUUGGCAGGCCACCGAACUGUAGACCCCAAUGUACCGUUAACUCAGAAUGUCCCGCCAAUUUGGCUUGUCAAAAUAAUAAAUGUGUAGACCCAUGUCCAGGGUCCUGUGGGGCCAACACCGAAUGCAUGGUACUAUCACAUCGACCCGUUUGUACUUGUAGAAUUGGUUUUACUGGUGAUCCUUUCUCGGGAUGUAAUGUUAUUCCAAUUGUUCAACCUGUUGAAGAAGAACGUAAUCCUUGUAACCCAUCUCCUUGCGGAGCAAAUGCUGAAUGUAGAGAACGAAACGGAGCUGGAUCGUGUGUCUGUUUGCCGGAAUACCUUGGAGAUCCUUACACCGGCUGUAGGCCGGAGUGUGUCACCAACACAGAUUGUCCCAGAGAUAGAGCAUGUAUCAAUAAUAAAUGCAAAGACCCAUGCCCGGGCACUUGUGGAGUUAAUGCUCAGUGUACUGUGCCAAAUCAUGCUCCGUCUUGCGAAUGCUUACCUGGAUAUACUGGAAACCCGUUUACUUCCUGUCAUUUACCACCACCCAUAAUUCCUGAAGCAAAAAUCAACCCCUGUUCACCAUCCCCUUGUGGACCAUACAGUGUAUGUAAAAAUAUUAAUGAUCACGCCGUAUGUUCUUGUCAACCAGAAUAUGUGGGUGCACCACCAAAGUGUAGGCCAGAAUGUAUGGUUAGCUCGGAAUGUGCUCAGAACCAAGCAUGCAUUAAUCAAAAGUGUAAAGAUCCUUGUCCAGGAACCUGCGGUAUUAAUGCUAAAUGUCAAGUGGUGAAUCACAAUCCGAUUUGCAGCUGCCCAGAGAAUUAUGCUGGAGAUCCUUUUGUGAGAUGUGUGUUACAGCCAAAAAAACCAAUAGAAACCCCAAGUGGUAACCCCUGCGUACCAUCUCCUUGCGGUCCCAACUCCCAAUGUAGGGUGGUUGGUACCCAAGCAGCAUGCUCUUGUCUGCCAAACUACAUCGGCAGAGCACCCAAUUGUAGACCGGAGUGUACCAUAAACGCUGAAUGUCCGGGAAAUCUUGCAUGCCAAAAUGAACGUUGCAAAGAUCCUUGUCCAGGAUCUUGUGGAAGUUUUACCAGUUGUUUUGUUUUAAAGCACGCGCCCGUAUGUCAGUGCUCGAUUGGGUAUACUGGUGAUCCGUUUACUGGAUGUUCCAUCAUACCACCUUCUCCACCUGUAACUGAACAACCACGUAACCCUUGCAACCCUUCACCUUGCGGCGCAAACGCAGUAUGUAAAGAACGAAACGGUGCGGGAUCUUGCGCAUGCUUGCCCGAAUACUUUGGAGAUCCUUAUACUGGUUGUAGACCUGAAUGCGUAGUCAACUCAGACUGUGACAGAAGUAGAUCUUGUGUUAAUAAUAAAUGUAUAGACCCUUGCCCAGGAACAUGCGGCUUAAACUCGGAAUGUAGCGUAAUAAACCACUCUCCGUCUUGUAGUUGUAUUCCGGGCUAUACUGGAGAUCCUACUAGAGUUUGCAACCUGAUUGAAGCUAUUGUAGAGGAACCACAGAACCCGUGCCAACCGUCACCUUGUGGACCGUAUAGUGCAUGUAGGGAAGUAAAUGGGCAUGCAGUUUGUUCUUGUAAUGUUGGCUAUAUUGGGUCACCACCGAUGUGUAGACCUGAAUGUGUAGUUAGCUCUGAAUGUCCCCAAGAUAAAGCGUGCGUUUCCCAAAAAUGUGUAGAUCCCUGCCCGGGGACUUGUGGACUCAAUGCCCAGUGUAGAGUCGUAAACCACAACCCGAUCUGCACUUGUUUAACUGGGUUUACUGGAGAUCCAUUUAUUACUUGUUCAAAGAUUCAAUUACCACCACCAACCAAAAAACCCGAAAACCCAUGUGUCCCGUCACCGUGCGGGCCAAACUCACAAUGUAGAGUAAUUGGUGACCAAGCCGCAUGCUCGUGCUUGCAAAACUUUAUCGGUAGACCUCCGAACUGUAGACCCGAAUGUAUAAGCGACUCUGAAUGUCCAAACCAUUUAGCAUGUAAAAACGAAAAAUGUAAAGACCCCUGCCCUGGAUUAUGUGGGGUAAAUGCCCAGUGCACUGUAGUAAACCAUCAAGCUAUUUGUUCUUGCUUCCCUGGAUAUACUGGAGAUCCGAGUAGUUCUUGUAACUUACCUCCUCCACCUUUGACUGAGAGACCACGUACUCCAUGCUCACCAUCACCAUGCGGCCCGAACUCGGAAUGCCGAGAAAAGAAUGGGGCAGGCGCAUGUUACUGUGUACCAGGAUUUGAAGGCAAUCCGUACGACAAUGACAGAGGUUGCAGAAGAGAAUGUGAAGUUAGCAACGAUUGUGCGCCAACUCUAGCAUGCGUAUCAUUCAAAUGUGUCGAUCCAUGCCCUGGAACCUGUGGAACCUUGGCAGAAUGCCACGUAAACAAUCAUGUUCCAACUUGCAUAUGUCCGACUGGAUAUGUUGGCGAUCCGUUCUUCCAAUGCCGUAUCGCACCAACUGAGCCACCCCCAAUAAUCAACCCAUGUCAACCAUCUCCCUGUGGGCCUAACAGCCAAUGUAGAGAAGUUAAUAAGCAAGCGGUGUGCUCAUGUUUACCUCAGUAUAUCGGAUCACCACCUAACUGCCGACCCGAAUGCGUGGUUAAUUCCGAAUGUCAACUCGAUAAGGCUUGCAUCAACCAGAGAUGUGGCGAUCCAUGCCCCAAUACAUGUGGUCUAGGAGCUCAAUGUACGACAAGAAAUCACAAUCCGAUUUGUGCUUGUCCACCUGGUUAUACUGGAGAUCCAUUUACAAGAUGUUCGCCUCAACCGCCACCACCACCACCAGAAAUUACUACUGAAAGGCCGCCAUCUUGUCAGCCAAGCCCAUGUGGCCCUAACUCUAUUUGUAAAAUUGUCGGCAGUUCUCCAUCAUGUUCAUGUUUGCCUGAUUACAUAGGAGCACCACCUAACUGCAGACCCGAAUGUGUACUAAGUUCCGAGUGUGGUAGCAAUUUGGCUUGUAUUAAUCAAAAAUGCAAAGACCCUUGCCCUGGCUCAUGCGGAUCAAACACGAUUUGUAAUGUUCUUAAUCAUAUCCCAAUUUGCACUUGCCAAGAAGGAUUUACUGGAGAUGCCUUUACCAGUUGUUAUUUAAUACCGCCAUCGACAAAGGCUCCAGAAACUGACCCUUGCCACCCAUCACCGUGUGGUCCCAACGCCCAAUGCAACAAUGGAGCAUGUACGUGCCUUCCUGAAUAUAUUGGCAACCCUUAUGAAGCUUGUAGACCCGAAUGCGUUCUUAGCACAGAAUGUACUAGAGAUAAGGCGUGUAUCAGAAAUAAAUGCGUUGAUCCUUGUCCAGGCACUUGUGGUCAGAAUGCCCGAUGUGACGUAAUAAACCAUAUUCCAUCUUGCUCAUGUCCUGACGGUUAUACUGGUGAUCCGUUUGUUAACUGUAGAGUGUCUGAACCUCCACCACCAAAAGCUAACCCUUGCAACCCAUCACCGUGUGGUCCAAACAGCCAAUGCCGUGAAGUAAAUGAACAAGCGGUAUGCUCUUGUUUGCCAAGUUAUCAAGGCAGCCCACCAGGUUGCCGACCUGAGUGUGUGGUUAGUGCUGAAUGCCCACAAGAUCGAGCCUGUAUAAAUCAAAAGUGUAUUGAUCCGUGUAGCGGAACUUGUGGUGCUAGAGCUAGAUGUGAAGUAAGAAAUCACAAUCCGUACUGCUCCUGCCCUGAAGGAGAAACCGGAGAUCCGUUCCAGAGUUGUAGACCAAUUCCACCAGAGCCUGUCACUAGACGACCCGUAGUAACGGAUCCUUGUAAACCAUCACCUUGCGGCCCUAACUCUAUUUGCAGGCCUGUCGGCGAGUCUUAUGCUUGCAGCUGUUUGCCAGAGUACAUAGGCAAUCCACCAAACUGCAGGCCAGAAUGUGUCAUAAAUACUGAUUGCACCAGCAGACUAACGUGUAGCAAUAAUAAAUGCGUGGAUCCUUGCCCAGGAACUUGCGGUCAGGAUGCAGAAUGUCAAGUACACAACCAUGCAGUUACGUGUUCAUGUAGAUCAGGCUUUUCGGGAGAUCCGUUCGUUCAAUGUGUAAGAAUUACCGAACCAAUUAAGCCUUGUGAACCGUCACCUUGCGGAUCAAAUGCCGAAUGCAAGGAAAGGAAUGGAGCUGGCGCUUGCAUAUGUUUACCCGACUAUGUUGGCAAUCCUUAUGAGGGUUGCAGGCCUGAAUGUGUAUUAAGUUCCGACUGUCAAUCUAAUAAGGCUUGUAUUAGGAACAAGUGCGUUGAUCCUUGUCCAGGCACCUGUGGACAGAAUGCUGAAUGUUCUGUUAUCAAUCAUGUGCCAACCUGUAAUUGUAUCUCAGAUUUCACUGGGGAUCCGUUUGUGGUUUGUUCACCAUUACCACCAGAACCGGUAACCGAGGAACCAAUAAGAAAUCCUUGCCAACCGUCCCCAUGCGGACCAAACAGUCAGUGUCGCGAGAUUAACAACCAAGCAGUCUGCUCUUGCUUACCAGAAUACCAAGGCUCACCACCUAACUGUAAGCCUGAAUGCGUAGUAAGCUCAGAAUGUCCUUCGAACCGUGCGUGCCAUAAAUUCAAGUGUGCCAAUCCCUGCGCGGGAACCUGCGGAAUAGGUGCCAGGUGCGAAGUUAUAAACCAUAACCCCAUUUGCAGUUGUCCAUCUGGACUAACUGGCGAUCCGUUCUCGAGGUGUUAUGAACUACCACCUGAGCCACCCAAACCGCCUGUGAGAGUAAACCCAUGUGUGCCAUCCCCUUGUGGAUUAAACUCAGAAUGUCGUGAUAUUGGAGGACAGCCAUCUUGUUCUUGUCGAGCGAACUAUAUGGGCACCCCACCAAACUGUAGGCCAGAGUGUGUCGUUAAUACGGAUUGUCCCUCUCACUUGGCUUGUAUUACUGAGAAGUGCAGAGAUCCUUGCCCAGGCUCCUGUGGUUUCAAUGCUGAGUGUAGAGUUCAGAACCACAUCCCAAUAUGUACGUGCCCUGCAGGAUUAACAGGCAAUGCCUUCACGGAAUGUGUCCAGGAACAACCAAAGCUACCUGAACCAACCGUAACUGACCCGUGCAAUCCAUCACCUUGCGGUCAGAAUGCCCAGUGCAAUGAUGGCGUUUGCACCUGCUUGCCCUUGUUCCAAGGAGAUCCUUAUAGGGGCUGUAGACCAGAAUGUACUAUGAACACUGACUGUUCACCAACUAAGACUUGUAUAAACUUAAAAUGCGUUGAUCCGUGCCCGGGCACGUGCGGACAAGGAGCUAUUUGCGACGUGGUAAACCAUUUGCCAAUUUGCAGUUGUCCACCAGAAUAUGAGGGUGAUCCAUUCACCAGCUGCCGUUUGAAACCGAGAAUUCCACCACCCGUUUUAAAUCCAUGUCAACCAUCACCCUGUGGACCAAACAGCGCGUGUAAAGUGAAUAACGGGGUGGCAGUGUGCUCUUGCCAACCCGGCAUGAUCGGCAGCGCCCCCCAAUGUAGACCGGAAUGCGUGGUCAGCUCCGAGUGUGCUUUAACUCAAGCCUGUUUGAAUAACAAAUGCGUGGAUCCAUGCCCAGGAACCUGUGGACUUAAUGCCCUUUGCCAAGUGAUCAACCAUAACCCGAUUUGUAGCUGUUCCAGUGGAAAUACAGGGGAUCCUUUCAGCCGGUGCUAUCCGCUACCACCGCCACCAGCAGAGAGAAGCGAUCCGUGCCAGCCGAGUCCGUGCGGACCGAACGCGGUGUGCCAAGUGCGCGGCGAGAGUCCGGCCUGUUCGUGUCUCGAAGGUUUUACCGGUUCGCCGCCAUCUUGUCGGCCCGAGUGUACAAUUAAUCCGGAAUGUUCGAGUGCGCGCGCGUGUAUCAAUCAAAAGUGCCGCGACCCGUGCCCGGGCAGUUGCGGCACUAACGCGUUGUGCACGGUUGUGAAUCACGCGCCGGUCUGCCAGUGCGUCCCCGGUCACACCGGUGAUCCGUUUAGGGGAUGCGUACCUACACCACAGCGUUUACCAGAACCCGAAAUUCGCAACCCCUGUAGACCCCCACCCUGCGGCACGAACGCCCUCUGCAAAGAAAGAAACGGUGCGGGGGCGUGUCAGUGUCUCCCCGAAUAUGUCGGAAACCCCUAUGAGGCAUGUAGACCUGAAUGUAUUCACAACUCUGACUGUCCGUCCAAUAAGGCUUGUAUAAGGAAUAAAUGUGUCGAUCCCUGUCCGGGCACUUGUGGCGCGAAUGCGCAAUGCCAGAUGAUAAACCACGCCCCAUCUUGCAGUUGUUUAACUGGAUAUACUGGAGAUCCCUUUAGGCAUUGCUUGUUACCUGAAAUAGAACCCCAAGUUGUUGAAAACAAAGACCCAUGUCAACCGUCCCCUUGUGGACCCAACAGCCAAUGUAGGGUAGUAAAUCAACAGCCAGUAUGCUCUUGCUUGCCCACCUUUACCGGAAGCCCACCAAGCUGUAGACCAGAAUGUGUGGUAUCUUCAGAAUGUCCAAUGAAUAGAGCUUGUAUAAAUAAUAAAUGCGCGGAUCCCUGUCCCGGUACUUGCGGUCUGCAAUCUCAGUGCCAAGUGGUAAACCACAGCCCCAUUUGUAGCUGUAGGACUGGGUUUACCGGAGAUCCAUUUGCUAGAUGCUUCCCGAUACCACCACCUCCACCAGAACCGAUCACACCAAUAAAAACAAACCCAUGCGUACCUUCUCCUUGUGGACCGAACUCUCAAUGCAGAGCAAUAGGAGAAUCUCCAUCUUGUUCUUGCUUACCCCAAUACAUCGGUAAUCCACCCAACUGCCGACCGGAAUGUACUAUUAAUCAAGAUUGUCCAAGCAAUCUCGCUUGCAUUCGUGAAAAAUGUGCUGAUCCAUGUCCAGGGGCUUGUGGGGCUAACGCCGAGUGUACUGUACAGAACCACAAUGCUAUUUGCAGCUGCUCUGUCGGAUAUAUCGGAGAUCCAUUCACCGCUUGCCAAUUAAAACCUAUAGAAAUUGCACCAGUGGUGGAAGAAGAUCCUUGCAACCCGUCUCCAUGUGGAGCUAACGCUCAAUGUGAUAAUGGAGUAUGUAGUUGUUUGCCCGAAUACCAAGGAGAUCCUUACAGAGGAUGCAGACCUGAAUGUAGUCUUAACAAUGACUGUCCGAGGGACAGAGCAUGUAUAAGAAUGAAAUGUAUUGAUCCUUGUCCAGGAACUUGCGGUAGUGGAGCGUUAUGUCAGACUAUUAAUCAUAUACCGAUCUGCAGUUGUCCAAGCGGAUAUGGUGGCAAUGCUUUUAUUGCUUGUCGACUUGCUGAACCACCUGUUAAAACGAAUCCUUGUAAUCCAUCCCCUUGCGGUCCGAACAGCCAAUGCAGAGAAAUUAACAGCCAAGCAGUCUGUUCUUGCGUGCCAGGUUUUAUUGGUAGUCCGCCAACUUGUAGACCCGAAUGUGUUACAAGUUCAGAAUGUCCUUUGAUACAAGCUUGUGUAAACCAGAAAUGUGUGGACCCAUGUCCAGGAACUUGUGGAUUAAAUGCCAAAUGUCAAGUAGUCAAUCACAAUCCAAUUUGUAGCUGCCCACCUUCGUUUAUUGGCGAUCCUUUCACCAGAUGCACUCCGCAACCAAUCGUAGAACCAGUGGUAGUACCAACCAACCCAUGCCAACCAUCUCCCUGUGGACCAAACUCCCAAUGCCGAGAAAUAAAUGGCUCUCCAUCCUGCUCAUGCAUACCAGAAUUUAUUGGUACUCCACCUAAUUGUAAACCAGAAUGCGUUAGUAAUUCCGAGUGCGCCAGUCACUUAGCUUGCAUAAAUAGGAAAUGUAGAGAUCCUUGUCCAGGAAUCUGCGGUCAAAAUGCUGAAUGUAGAGUUGUCAGCCAUACACCUAAUUGUAUUUGCUCUUCCGGUUAUGAAGGAGAUCCGUUCAGCCAGUGUAACAUCCCUAUCAGACCUCAGGAAAUACUUAACCCUUGCCAACCAUCACCUUGUGGUUCAAAUGCAGUGUGUAAAGAACGUAAUGGAGCUGGAUCUUGUAUCUGUUUGCCUGAAUAUAUUGGAAAUCCUUAUGAAGGCUGUAGACCUGAAUGCACAAUAAACUCGGACUGUUUACAGAACAAGGCUUGUCUAAGAAAUAAGUGUGUGGAUCCAUGUCCGGGAACUUGUGGGCAAAACGCUAAUUGUCAAGUUGUAAAUCAUUUGCCAUCAUGUAAUUGCAUCCCUGGAUAUACUGGUGAUCCAUUUAGAUUCUGUCAAUUGCUACCAGAACCUGUUAUUGAAGAACUUCCAACCAAUCCAUGCCAACCAUCGCCUUGUGGUCCAAACAGCCAAUGUCGCGAAGUAAAUGAUCAAGCAGUAUGCUCUUGUUUACCAAACUAUGCCGGCAGUCCACCUGGCUGUAGACCAGAAUGCGUAGUGAGCUCAGAAUGUCCAGCAACAAGAGCUUGUAUCAAUCAAAAAUGUAUUGACCCAUGCCCAGGAAUUUGCGGGUUAAACGCUAUCUGUCAAGUUAUUAAUCACAGUCCGAUUUGUAGUUGCAGAAGUGGCAAUACCGGAAAUCCGUUUACUAGAUGUUAUCCAAUACCUCCACCCGCACCAGAGCCGAUUACACCAAUAGCUACUGAUCCAUGCGUUCCGUCACCCUGUGGCCUUAACUCUCAAUGUCGCAAUAUUAAUGGAAACCCGUCAUGCUCUUGCCUUCCAAAUUACAUUGGAUCUCCACCGAACUGUAGGCCGGAAUGUCUCAUUAACUCAGAAUGUUCGAGUAACUUGGCAUGUAUCCAGGAAAAAUGCCGAGAUCCUUGUCCAGGGUCUUGCGGAACCAAUGCCCAAUGCAGUGUCAUUAAUCAUACGCCAAUAUGUACAUGCCUAGAAGGCUACAUAGGUGAUUCGUUUACUUAUUGUUCGCCUAAGCCAUUACUACCACCAGAACCAGUAGAAACAGACCCUUGUAAUCCAUCGCCAUGCGGUCCAAACGCUUUAUGUAAUAAUGGCGUAUGCACCUGUCUACCAGAGUAUCAAGGAGAUCCAUAUAGAGAGUGUAGGCCUGAGUGUGUACUUAAUAGCGAAUGUCCAAGAGAUAAGGCGUGCUGGAGGAAUAAAUGUGUCGAUCCAUGCCCAGGAACUUGUGGUACUAAUGCAUUUUGUAAUGUGAUAAAUCAUAUACCCAUGUGCUCGUGUCAACAAGGAUUUACUGGAAAUGCUUUUGUCAUAUGCAGUCCUAUUCCAGUGGAAACUCCCAAAAAUCCAUGUAACCCAUCACCAUGUGGUCCAAAUAGUCAAUGUAGAGAAGUAAAUGGCCAAGCUGUUUGCUCGUGCGUACCCGGUUAUCUUGGUAACCCGCCCACUUGUAGACCAGAAUGUGUAACCAGCUCCGAGUGUCCUUUGAACCAAGCUUGCGUAAACCAGAAAUGUAUCGAUCCAUGUCCAGGAACUUGUGGACUUGCCGCUCAAUGUCAAGUGAUUAAUCAUAAUCCAAUUUGCAGUUGUCCACAAAGAUUUACUGGCGAUCCGUUUACUCGAUGCUUACCAAUACUUGAAACUCCAAAACCAGUUGUACAAACAAACCCAUGCCAACCAUCACCAUGCGGACCAAAUGCCCAAUGUAGAGUGAUUGGAGAAUCACCAUCUUGUUCUUGCUUACCAGAAUUUAUCGGUCAACCGCCAAACUGUAGACCAGAGUGCGUCAGCAAUAGUGAAUGCGCCAAUCACUUGGCUUGCAUUAAUCAGAAAUGUAAAGAUCCUUGUCCAGGAACAUGCGGACAAAACGCCGAAUGUAGAGUAGUCAGUCACACUCCCAACUGUAUAUGUUUACCUGGCUUCUUUGGAGAUCCUUUCCUACUAUGUAACGUACAGCAAGCAGUAAUACCGGAGGUUUUGAACCCAUGCAAGCCAUCACCUUGUGGAGUAAAUGCUCAAUGUAAAGAAAGAAAUGGUGCUGGAUCGUGUAUUUGUUUGCCAGAAUACAUUGGAAACCCUUAUGAAGGAUGUAGACCGGAAUGUACCAUUAAUUCUGAUUGCCCGUCCAAUAAAGCUUGUAUAAGGAAUAAAUGUCAAGACCCAUGUCCAGGCAGUUGUGGAGCCAAUGCCCUUUGCCAAGUCAUCAAUCAUUUACCUUCUUGUACUUGUAAUCCUGGAUAUACUGGAGAUCCGUUUAGAUAUUGCAACAUUAUCCCUCCACAACCAACAAUUGUCGAAGAAGGACCAACCAACCCAUGCCAACCCUCUCCCUGUGGUCCAAACUCACAAUGUCGCGAAGUUAACGAACAAGCAGUCUGCUCUUGCCUUCCCAACUACUUCGGUAGUCCACCAGGAUGUCGGCCAGAGUGCACUGUUAGCUCAGAAUGUGCUCAGAAUAAGGCCUGUAUAAACCAAAAAUGUUCUGAUCCCUGUCCAGGAACUUGUGGCCUGAAUGCCUUGUGUAAGGUCGUUAAACAUAGUCCAAUUUGCAGUUGCCAGAACCAGUUUACUGGAGAUCCGUUUACUAGAUGUUAUCCGAUACCACCUCCCCCACCGAAACCAAUUCAACCAAUAUUCACCAACCCAUGCGUUCCGUCACCAUGCGGUCCAAAUAGCCAAUGUCGCGACAUAAAUGGUGCUCCAUCUUGCUCUUGCUUACCCAAUUACUUCGGUAGUCCACCAAGCUGUAGACCCGAAUGUACCGUAAACUCAGAUUGUAGAAGCAACUUGGCAUGCAUCAACGAAAAGUGCAGAGACCCUUGCUUAGGAUCUUGCGGAGCAGGUGCACUUUGCUCCGUGGUCAACCAUAUGCCUAUUUGCACAUGCCCAGAUGGAUAUACCGGAGAUCCCUUCAGCUAUUGUAAUCCAAAGCCACCAGAGCCAGUGGUGGAGGAGACUGAUCCUUGUAAUCCUUCUCCUUGCGGGCCCAACGCUCAAUGUGACAACGGUGUAUGCAGCUGCCUUCCAGAAUAUCAGGGAGAUCCUUACAGGGAAUGUAGACCCGAGUGUGUACUGCCAAAUGAUUGUCCUAGAGACCGCACUUGUGUUAGGAAUAAAUGUAUAGAUCCUUGUCCAGGAACAUGCGGACAAAAUGCCGAGUGUACUGUUAUCAAUCACAUUCCUAUGUGCUCCUGUUCUGCUGGAUUUACUGGAAAUGCUUUCGUAAUAUGUUCCCCAAUUCCAGUUGAAGUACCUAAAAACCCAUGCAAUCCAUCACCCUGUGGUCCAAACAGCCAAUGUAGAGAAAUCAACAACCAGGCUGUAUGCUCGUGUGUGCCAGGAUUCAUUGGUAGCCCACCGAACUGUAGACCAGAAUGUGUGACUAGUCAAGAAUGCGCUUUGAAUCAAGCAUGUCAAAAUCAAAAAUGUAUCGACCCUUGUCCAGGUUCUUGUGGAUUGGGCGCAAGAUGCCAAGUGGUUAACCACAGUCCAAUUUGUAGUUGUCCAGAUAGGAUGAGUGGAAAUCCGUUUGUGCGGUGUACUCCAAUUCCUGAUGAGCCAGUGAUUGUCCAACCGUCCAAUCCAUGUCAACCAUCUCCAUGUGGACCAAAUGCAGAAUGUAGAGUAACAGGAGAAUCACCGUCCUGCUCUUGCUUACCAGAAUUUAUCGGUUCGCCACCAAACUGUAGACCCGAAUGCGUAUCCAAUACAGAAUGUGCAUUUAACUUAGCUUGUAUCAACAAUAAAUGCAAGGAUCCCUGUCCUGGCACUUGUGGACUUAAUGCUGAAUGUAGAGUGGUUAGCCAUACACCUAACUGUGUUUGCCUGCCUGGAUUUAUUGGGGAUCCAUUUAGGCAAUGCGCACAACAGCCACAAAUAAUCCAAGAAACACUACGUCCAUGUUCUCCAUCUCCUUGUGGAGCAAACGCUGAAUGCAAGGAACAAAAUGGCGCUGGUGCUUGUACGUGCCUUAAAGAUUAUAUUGGAAAUCCUUAUGAAGGCUGCAGGCCAGAGUGUACUCUUAACUCGGACUGUCCAUACAACAAGGCUUGCAUUAGAAAUAAGUGUCAAGAUCCAUGUCCUGGAACAUGUGGUCAAAACGCUGAUUGCCAAGUAGUCAAUCAUUUGCCCAUGUGUACCUGUAGAGUUGGUUUUACUGGAGAUCCGUUCCGGUUUUGCAACAUUAUUCCCGAACCUGUGAAGAGUGAAGUGAUACCCCAAAACCCUUGUAAUCCAAGUCCUUGCGGCCCCAAUAGCCAAUGCAGAGAAACCAACGGACAAGCGGUAUGUUCUUGCCUACCAAACUACAUCGGCAGUCCACCAGGCUGUCGACCAGAAUGCACAGUAAGCUCAGAAUGUGCUCAGAACAAAGCUUGCAUCAACCAAAAAUGCGCUGAUCCUUGUCCGGGAACGUGUGGCCUUAAUGCCAAAUGCCAAGUGAUCAACCAUAGUCCGAUUUGUAGUUGUAACAUUGGACACACUGGUGAUCCGUUUACUAGAUGUUACCCUAUACCAUUACCAGAGAUUAUAGUUGACCCAGUUAUUACCGACCCAUGUUUACCAUCACCAUGUGGACCAUUUAGUCAAUGCAGAGACCUCAAUGGCGUGCCUUCUUGUACCUGCUUGCCAGAUUAUAUCGGCAGCCCUCCAAGUUGUAGACCGGAGUGCACAGUAAAUCCAGAAUGUCCAAGUAAUCUGGCAUGUAUGAGGCAGAAAUGUAGUGAUCCAUGCUUGGGCGCUUGUGGAAGCGGAGCCCAAUGCUCUGUUAUUAAUCACACACCCAUAUGUACUUGUCCAGAAGGUUACACAGGAGAUCCGUUCAGCUAUUGCAACCUUAAACCACCAGAAAUUGAACCAGUUGUGCAAGAUCCAUGUAAUCCGUCACCAUGUGGUCCAAAUGCCCGCUGUAAUGAUGGCAUUUGCACUUGUUUACCUGAGUUCCAAGGAGAUCCGUACAGCGGCUGUAGGCCGGAGUGUGUAUUGAAUAAUGAUUGUCCACGUAAUUUGGCUUGUAUAAGGCAAAAGUGUCAAGAUCCUUGUCCAGGAACUUGUGGUCAGAACGCAGAAUGUAAUGUCAUCAAUCAUAUACCGAUGUGCAGCUGUUUGGUGGGAUAUACUGGAAACGCUUUUGUGUUGUGCAAUCGUAUUGAGAGACCACCACCACAAAACCCAUGUAAUCCAUCACCAUGCGGUCCAAACAGCCAGUGCAGAGAAAUUAAUGGUCAAGCAGUAUGCUCGUGUGUACCAGGUUUUAUCGGUAGUCCACCCACUUGUAGACCAGAAUGUGUAUCUAGUUCUGAAUGUCCUUUAAACCAGGCUUGUUUGAAUCAGAAAUGUAUGGAUCCCUGUCCUGGCACUUGUGGAAUCGGUGCGAUAUGCCAAGUGGUUAACCAUAACCCUAUUUGUAGCUGUCCGGCAAGGUUAUCGGGAGAUCCGUUUGUUAGGUGUUUGCCAAUACGAGAAGAACCCGUGGUAGUUCCAACAAACCCAUGUCAACCAUCUCCAUGCGGUCCUAACGCUCAAUGCAAACCAAUCGGAGACAGUCCUUCGUGCUCUUGCCUUCCAGAGUUCAUCGGCCAACCGCCAAACUGCCGCCCGGAGUGCGUCAGCAACAACGAAUGCCCCAAUCACUUAGCAUGCAUCAACCAAAAGUGCAAAGAUCCAUGUCCAGGCAUUUGCGGACAAAACGCGGAAUGUAGAGUGUCUAGCCAUACACCCAACUGCGUCUGCCUCUCUGGAUAUUCUGGAAAUCCGUUUAGCGCAUGUCAUUUGCCACCCCCGGCACCAACUGAAAUCAUUAAUCCAUGCAAUCCAUCACCAUGCGGUGCUAACGCUAGGUGCAAUGAACGUAACGGUGCUGGAGCGUGUGUAUGUUUGCCAGAAUAUUUUAGAAAUCCUUAUGAAGGCUGUCGACCAGAAUGUACAAUUAACUCAGAUUGUCCAGCGAAUAAGGCUUGUGCGAAUAAUAAAUGUAUAGAUCCUUGCCCGGGCACCUGUGGACAGAAUGCUUAUUGCCAAGUGGUCAAUCAUGUUCCGUCUUGCACUUGCCAGCCUGGAUUCACUGGAGAUCCGUUUAGGUUCUGCAAUGUAAUUCCAAUUCAGCAAGCAAUUGAAGUUGAACCGUCCAACCCUUGUCAGCCGUCCCCAUGUGGACCAAACUCCCAAUGUCGUGAAGUAAACGACCAAGCAGUGUGUUCCUGUCUACCAAACUACGUUGGUUCGCCUCCAGGUUGUAGACCUGAAUGUACCGUUAGCUCAGAAUGUGCUCAGAAUAGAGCCUGUAUAAAUCAGAAGUGCGCCGAUCCAUGUCCAGGAACUUGCGGAAUAAAUGCCAACUGCCAAGUGAUUAAUCACAGUCCGAUUUGCAGCUGUAAACCUGGAAAUACAGGCAAUCCGUUUACUAGGUGCUAUCCAACUCCCCCUCCACCACCGCCACCGACACAACCAAUAUCUAUCAAUCCGUGCAUACCAUCACCUUGUGGGCCAAACAGUGAAUGCAGAGACAUUGGUGGUACGCCUUCCUGCAGCUGUAGACCCGGAUUUAUGGGCAGUCCACCCAAUUGUAGACCAGAAUGUGUUAUUAACUCUGAAUGUCCCAGUAACUUGGCAUGUAUAAGACAAAAAUGUGGUGACCCUUGUCCAGGAUCUUGUGGCCUCAACGCUCAGUGUUCUAUUAUCAGUCAUGUACCUAUUUGUAGCUGCUUUGACGGAUAUACUGGGGAUCCGUUUAACAGUUGUUCGCCUAAGCCGCCAGAGCCUGUAGUAAUUGAAGAAGAUCCAUGCAAUCCAUCGCCUUGCGGACCAAACGCCCAAUGUAACGAUGGUAUCUGCACUUGCCUGCCAGAAUAUCAAGGUGAUCCCUACCAAGGCUGUAGGCCAGAAUGCAUCAUCAAUAAUGACUGUCCAAGAGACAAAGCUUGCAUCAGAAAUAAAUGUGUUGACCCUUGUCCGGGAGCUUGUGGACAGAAUGCUUUAUGUAACGUCUAUGACCAUGUACCAAUGUGCAGCUGUUUACCAGGAUUUACUGGAAACGCUUUCAUUUUAUGCUCGCAGAUCAAGGUUCCAAUUUUAAUCAAUCCAUGUUCGCCUUCACCUUGCGGACCAAACAGUCAAUGUAGAGAAUUGAACGGUCAAGCAGUUUGCUCUUGUUUACCAACUUAUGUGGGAAGUCCACCAACGUGCAGACCAGAAUGCGUAUCUAGUCAAGAAUGUGCCUUAAACCAGGCUUGCCAGAACCAGAAAUGUAUUGAUCCUUGCCCGGGAACUUGUGGAAUUAAUGCUAAAUGUCAAGCGAUUAAUCACAAUCCAAUUUGCAGUUGUCCGACUGGGCAAUCUGGUGAUCCGUUUAUCAGAUGUCAACCAAUCCCUCCUGAGGUACCAGUCGUUCCAACAAAUCCAUGCCAACCAUCACCUUGCGGACCAAAUAGUCAAUGCAAGGACAUUAACGGUAGCCCGUCAUGUUCAUGUCUACCAGAGUUCAUUGGUCAACCACCAAACUGUAGACCAGAAUGUAUAAGUAACAGCGAAUGCGCCAAUCAUUUGGCCUGUAUCAACCAGAAAUGUAAAGACCCUUGCCCAGGAACUUGCGGUCAAAACGCUGAAUGUAGGGUAAUCAGCCACACACCAAACUGCAUCUGCGUGCCAGGAUAUACUGGAAAUCCCUUCACUUCUUGCAAUGUUAUUCCGUUGCCGACACCAAUAGAAAACGUGAACCCAUGCCAGCCAUCCCCUUGUGGGGCAAAUGCCGAGUGUAGAACUCAGAACAAAGCAGGAGCCUGUACGUGCUUACAAGAAUUUAUCGGAAAUCCUUAUGAAGGCUGUAGACCGGAGUGUUCAUUAAAUACUGAUUGUCCUUCUAAUAAGGCUUGCAUUAACAAUAAGUGUAGAGAUCCUUGUCCUGGCACCUGUGCUCAGAAUGCCUACUGUCAAGUGAUCAACCAUCUGCCUAGUUGUAGCUGUAAUACCGGAUAUACUGGAGAUCCGUUUAGAUUCUGCAAUGUUAUUGUUUCGGAACCUGUCAAAGACGUCCCACAAAACCCUUGUCAACCAUCACCAUGUGGUCCAAACAGCCAAUGCCGUGAAGUAAAUGAACAAGCCGCAUGCUCCUGUUUGCCAAACUACAUCGGAUCACCACCAGGCUGUAGGCCAGAAUGUACGGUGAGCGCAGAAUGUGCGCAGAACAAGGCGUGUGUGAAUCAGAAAUGUGUCGAUCCGUGUCCAGGAACUUGUGGCUUAAACGCAAAUUGCCAAGUUGUCAAUCACAGCCCAAUCUGUAGUUGUAAAGUUAGUUUUACGGGGGAUCCGUUUACGAGAUGCUAUCCCAUACCACCCCCACCACCAGUGCCAGUAAUAGAACCAGUAAAAGAUCCAUGUGUACCAACUCCCUGUGGACCAAAUUCCCAAUGCAGAAAUAUCGGAGGAAGUCCUUCAUGCUCGUGUUUACCACAAUUCCUUGGAAGUCCACCUAAUUGUAGACCAGAAUGUAGCAUAAACUCAGAGUGCCCAAGCAAUUUGGCUUGUAUCGCACAGAAAUGCAGAGAUCCAUGCCCCGGAUCCUGUGGAGUCAAUGCCCAAUGUUCUGUAAUCAACCAUAUCCCGAUUUGCAGCUGUUUUGAUAACUUCGUCGGAGAUCCAUUUACACAAUGUUCUCCCAAACCUCCACCACCUCCAGAGCCCGUUGAAACUGAUCCUUGUAACCCCUCACCAUGUGGAGCAAAUGCUCAAUGUAAUGAGGGUAUUUGUACAUGCAUACCAGAAUAUCAAGGAGAUCCUUAUAGGGGUUGUAGACCUGAAUGCGUACUUAACAGUGACUGCCCCACUGAUAAAGCAUGUUUGAGAAGUAAAUGCACCGAUCCUUGUCCGGGAACUUGCGGUCAAAACGCCGAGUGUUCUGUCCUAAAUCAUAUUCCAAUUUGCAUGUGCUCAUUUGGAUUUACAGGCAACGCCUUUGUUAUGUGUUCACCGAUUCCGCACUCGGUAGUUACGAACCCAUGCAAUCCAUCACCAUGUGGACCGAACAGUCAGUGCAGAGAAAUAAAUGGACAAGCAGUAUGCUCAUGUGCGCCAGAAUUCAUUGGAAGCCCACCUGCUUGUAGGCCACAAUGUGUUACUAGUGCCGAAUGUCCUUUAAAUAGAGCAUGCGUGAACCAGAAAUGUAUUGACCCCUGCCCUGGAACCUGUGGAUUGAAUGCUCAGUGCCAAGUGGUCAACCACAAUCCAAUUUGUAGCUGUAUAAGAGACUAUAUUGGAGAUCCGUUUGUAAGAUGCCUUCCGAAACCAAUUGAAGAACCAGUAAUCGUGAACCCUUGUCAACCAUCGCCUUGUGGACCAAACAGUCAGUGCAGAGAUAUUAACGGCAGUCCAUCAUGCUCUUGCCUACCAGAAUUUAUUGGUCAGCCACCAAACUGUCGACCAGAAUGUGUUAGUAACAGCGAAUGUGCUAAUCACUUGGCAUGUAUAAAUCAGAAAUGCAAAGAUCCUUGCCCAGGAGUCUGUGGACAAAACGCUGAGUGUAGAGUGGUCAGUCACACACCAAACUGCGUCUGUAUUUCAAAUUAUGUUGGAAAUCCUUUCACAGCAUGUUCUCCACCUCAAGUACCUCAAAUAAGUGAACAAAUAUCUCCUUGUUCCCCCUCACCUUGCGGACCGAACGCAAUAUGCAAAGCUCAAAACAAAGCUGGAUCUUGUAGCUGUAUCGAUGACUAUAUUGGUGAUCCCUAUCAAGGCUGUAGACCUGAAUGUAGCGUUAACUCUGACUGUCCAUCUAAUAAGGCUUGUAUCAAUAAGAAAUGCAAAGAGCCGUGUCCAGGAGCGUGUGGCCAGAAUGCAGAAUGUUUUGUUAGGAACCAUUUGCCCCAAUGCAAUUGUUUGUCUGGAUUCACUGGGGAUCCGUUUAGGUUCUGCAGUGUGAUUCAAGCUGUCGUAACAGCACCGGAGCCACAAAACCCAUGCCAACCAUCACCAUGUGGACCAAACAGUCAAUGUCGUGAAGUGAAUGCUCAAGCAGUUUGUUCAUGUUUGCCAAAUUACAUUGGGUCACCCCCUAGCUGCAGGCCAGAAUGCGUAGUUAGCUCCGAAUGUGCUCAAAAUAAAGCUUGCGUCAAUCAGAAAUGCGUGGAUCCAUGCCCAGGAACUUGCGGAUUAAAUGCUCAAUGUUCGGUUAUUAACCAUAGUCCAAUUUGUAGUUGUUCACCUGGACAUACAGGUGAUCCAUUUACAAGAUGCUACCCUAUACCUCUCCCUCCAGCUAUACAACAACCGGAACCUUACCGCAACCCUUGCGUGCCAUCCCCUUGCGGUCCAAACAGUCAAUGCAAGGAUAUUAACGGUAGUCCAUCAUGCUCUUGUCUACCAAACUACCAGGGGGCACCACCAAGUUGUCGACCAGAAUGUACCAUCAACUCAGAAUGCUCAAUAAAUCUGGCUUGUAUCAGAGAAAAAUGUAGAGACCCUUGCCCAGGCUCUUGUGGCGCCAACGCUCAAUGUAACGUUAUCAAUCAUAUACCCACUUGCACCUGCAUUGAAGGAUACACAGGAGAUCCAUUCUCCUAUUGCUCACCAAAACCACCGCCACCUCCAGAACCUGUUGAAACUGACCCAUGUAAUCCCUCUCCUUGUGGAGCAAACGCCCAAUGUAACAACGGAGUCUGCACUUGCCUACCAGAAUACCAAGGGGAUCCUUAUAGAGAAUGUAGGCCAGAGUGUAUAUUGAAUAACGAUUGUUCAAGAGAUAAGGCUUGUAUACGGAUGAAAUGUGUUGAUCCAUGUCCAGGAACAUGCGGACAAAACGCUGAGUGUGCUGUGGUGAAUCAUAUUCCUAUGUGUUCAUGCUUGGUUGGAUAUACUGGCAAUGCUUUUACGUUCUGCUCAAAGAUACCAGAUAUCAUACCACAAAACCCAUGCAACCCGUCACCAUGCGGACCCAACAGCCAAUGCAGAGAAAUUAAUGGUCAAGCAGUUUGUUCUUGUGUGCCAGGCUUUAUCGGUAGCCCACCGUCUUGUAGACCCGAAUGUACCCUUAGUUCAGAUUGUCCUUUGGAUAGAGCUUGUAGUAACCAAAAAUGCAUCGAUCCUUGUCCAGGGUCAUGUGGAAUCAGCGCUGUAUGCCAAGUGGUUAACCAUAAUCCGAUUUGUAGCUGUCCGGCAAGGAUGUCUGGAAAUCCGUUUGUCCGAUGCAUGAUAAUAGAAGAGUCACCAGUGGUUGCACCAACAAACCCAUGCCAACCAUCUCCAUGCGGUCCUUACUCGGAAUGCAAACCGGCAAACGACCAAGCAUCAUGCUCCUGCCUACCAAACUACAUCGGGGCUCCGCCCAACUGUAGACCCGAAUGCGUCAGUAAUAACGAAUGCAACUACAAUUUGGCGUGUAUAAACCAAAAAUGCGUAGACCCCUGUCCGGGCGUGUGCGGUCAAAAUGCCAACUGUAGAGUGGUCAGCCAUAGAGCCGAAUGUUACUGUUUAUCCGGCUAUACUGGCAACCCCUUCGUCUCUUGCCAACUACCGCCCUCUCCGCCCCCUGAAAUAACCAACCCUUGCCUCCCGUCGCCUUGUGGAGCUAACGCCAUCUGUAGGGAACAAAACCGCGCAGGUUCAUGUACCUGUCUCCCUGACUACAUAGGAAAUCCUUAUGAAGGCUGUAGGCCUGAGUGUGUCCUAAACUCGGACUGUCCAUCGAAUAAGGCUUGUAUCAAUAAUAAAUGCAAAGAUCCCUGUCCAGGAACUUGUGGACAAAAUGCGGAUUGUACCGUGGUGAAUCAUUUACCAUCUUGUAUUUGCAUCCCUGGAUAUACUGGAGAUCCGUUUAGAUACUGUAACCUUAUGCAAGAACCUGUUAUAGAAGAAAAACCGGAACAAAACCCUUGCCAACCAUCACCUUGCGGACCUAACUCACAAUGUCGUGAAGUAAACGGUCAAGCCGUUUGCUCUUGCUUACCAGAAUAUGUAGGCAGCCCACCUAGUUGUAGGCCAGAGUGUGUCGUAAGCUCUGAGUGUCCUCUUAAUAGAGCAUGUAUUAACCAAAAAUGUGCUGAUCCUUGCCCUGGCACUUGUGGACUGAAUACCAAGUGUUCUGUGAUAAACCACAGCCCUAUUUGUAGCUGCAAUCCUGGACAUACUGGUGAUCCGUUUACCAGGUGCUACCCUAUUCCACCACCUCCUCCGGUGCAACCAACUAUAAUUGAAAGAGAUCCAUGCGUUCCUUCACCAUGUGGACUGAAUUCUGAAUGCAGCAAUGUUGGUGGCACUGCUAGCUGUAGAUGUCUCGCAACAUUUAUCGGUGCUCCACCAAACUGUAGACCAGAAUGUACAAUUAAUCAAGAUUGUUCAAGUAAUUUAGCUUGUAUCAGACAAAAAUGCGUAGACCCUUGUCCAGGUUCUUGUGGCUUCGGUGCACAAUGCUCUGUGAUCAACCAUACACCAAUUUGUACAUGUCCAGAAGGUUUUACUGGUGACCCAUUUACCAGUUGCCAACCGAAACCACCACCACCACCAGAACCAGUAGAAACGGACCCAUGCAAUCCAUCACCAUGUGGACCAAAUGCGCAAUGUAACGAUGGAGUGUGCACUUGUUUGCCAGAAUACCUAGGAGAUCCUUAUAGAGGUUGUAGACCUGAGUGUGUCUUAAACAACGAUUGUCCGUGGAAUCAAGCUUGUAUAAGAAAUAAAUGUCAAGAUCCAUGCCCUGGUACUUGUGGUAUUAAUGCGCAAUGUGCAGUAGUCAACCACAUACCGAUAUGUAGUUGCUUGGAAGGAUUUACUGGAAAUGCUUUUGUUACCUGUAAUAAAGCAGUUGUGCCCGUUGCACAAAAUCCAUGCAAUCCGUCACCAUGUGGACCCAACAGUCAAUGUAGAGAAAUUAAUGGUCAAGCAGUAUGCUCAUGCGUACCAGGCUUUAUCGGUAGCCCGCCAUCUUGCAGACCAGAAUGUGUAACUAGCUCAGAAUGUCCUUUGAACCAAGCAUGCGUGAAUCAAAAGUGUAUCGAUCCAUGCCCGGGCACUUGUGGAAUUAACGCUCUCUGUCAAGUGGUUAAUCAUAAUCCAAUUUGUAGCUGCGCUCCAAGGCACAGUGGUGAUCCGUUUGUUAGAUGCAUUCCAAUACGCGAGGAACCAAUAGAAAUUAAAAACCCAUGCAACCCAUCACCAUGUGGGCCAAAUGCUCAAUGUAGAGAAGUAAAUGGAUCGCCUUCAUGUUCCUGUCUACCAGAGUUUAUUGGACAACCACCAAAUUGCAAACCAGAGUGUGUCAGUAAUAGCGAAUGUCCAAAUCAUUUGGCAUGCAUAAAACAGAAAUGUAAAGACCCUUGCCCAGGUGUAUGUGGUCAGAAUGCUGAAUGCAGGGUAGUCAGCCAUACUCCAAACUGUGUUUGCUUACCAGGAUUCAUUGGAAAUCCAUUUGCUUUAUGCUCCGAGCAAGUAAUUCAACCAGUAGAACGACCAACUCCAUGUCUUCCGUCACCUUGUGGUGCAAACGCUGAAUGUAGAGAACAAAAUGGCGCAGGUGCCUGCAUUUGUUUACCAGAAUUUAUUGGUAACCCUUACGAAGGCUGUAGACCUGAAUGCAGUGUUAACUCCGACUGUCCCUCGAAUAAGGCUUGUAUAAGGAAUAAAUGCAUCGAUCCUUGCCCAGGAACUUGUGGACAAAAUGCAAACUGUCAAGUUGUUAACCAUUUGCCUUCUUGCAGCUGCUUGCCCAUGUACAGCGGUGAUCCAUACAGAUACUGCAGUUUAAUACCACCAGAACCUGUAGUUGAAGAACCACAAAAUCCUUGUCAACCAUCGCCAUGCGGACCCAACAGUCAAUGUCGAGAAGUAAAUGGACAGGCCGUCUGCUCUUGCCUUCCAGAAUUUGUGGGCAGUCCACCCGGUUGUAGACCUGAAUGUGUGGUUAGCACAGAAUGUCCACAAAACCGAGCUUGCAUAAAUCAGAAAUGCGUUGAUCCAUGUCCAGGCACGUGUGGCCUAAAUGCCAACUGUCAAGUUAUCAACCAUAGCCCGAUAUGUAGUUGUGUUACCCUAUUUACUGGAGAUCCGUUUACUAGAUGCUAUCCAUUACCGCCUCCACCUCCUGAGCCUAUCCCGCAACCUCAAAAUCCAUGCGUGCCUUCUCCCUGUGGUGCAAACAGUCAAUGUAGAGACGUUGGAGGUGCCCCGUCAUGCUCCUGCUUACCUACUUUCAUCGGAACGCCACCAAACUGUAGACCAGAAUGUACCAUUAACUCAGAAUGCCCAAGUAACUUGGCUUGUAUCCAACAGAAAUGUAGAGAUCCCUGUCCAGGAUCUUGCGGCGCAAACGCCCAAUGUAGCGUGAUAAACCACGUACCGAUCUGUAGUUGUGUUGAUGGCUAUACAGGCGAUCCGUUUUCCUAUUGCUCACCAAAACCACCACCGCCUCCAGAACCUGUUGAAACUGAUCCAUGUAAUCCAUCACCUUGUGGAGCGAAUGCACAAUGUAAUAACGGUAUCUGCACAUGUCUGCCAGAAUAUCAAGGAGAUCCAUAUAGGGGAUGCAGGCCUGAGUGUGUUUUAAAUAAUGAUUGUCCAAGAAACAAAGCUUGUAUCAGAAAUAAAUGUCAAGAUCCAUGUCCCGGAACGUGCGGACAGAAUGCUGAAUGUUCUGUUGUGAACCACAUUCCAAUUUGCUCUUGUUUAUCUGGAUUUGUUGGAAAUGCUUUUGUAGUCUGCUCUCCUAUACCAGUUGAAACACCUAAAAACCCAUGCCAACCAUCACCUUGUGGACCAAACAGUCAGUGCAGAGAAAUUAACGGACAAGCAGUAUGCUCUUGUGUACCAGGUUUUAUUGGUAGUCCACCCACUUGCAGACCAGAAUGCAUCACUAGUUCAGAAUGUGCUUUGAACAGAGCGUGUGUCAAUCAGAAAUGCAUUGAUCCUUGCCCAGGAACUUGCGGAUUGAAUGCUCAAUGCCAAGUAGUCAACCAUAAUCCAAUUUGUAGCUGUUUACCUGGACAGACUGGAGAUCCGUUUACUAGAUGCUUACCAAUUCGUGAAGAGCCUCGACCUGAACCAACCAAUCCAUGCCAGCCAAAUCCUUGCGGUCCAAACGCCCAAUGUAAGGCAAUCGGAGACUCUCCAUCUUGUUCUUGCUUACCAGAAUACACUGGCACUCCACCAAAUUGUAGACCAGAAUGCAUUAGCAAUAGCGAAUGUGCCUCACAUUUGGCCUGUAUUAAUCAAAAAUGCAAAGAUCCUUGCCCAGGCACGUGCGGACUUAACGCAGAUUGUAGAGUUGUUAGUCACACACCAAACUGCAUCUGCUUACCUGGCUUUAUUGGAAAUCCGUUUGUACAAUGUAAUCAAAAAAUUGAAGAACCUAUUGAAGAAAGACCGACUCCGUGUGUACCAUCACCCUGCGGAGCUAAUGCUAUUUGUAGAGAACAAAAUGGAGCAGGUGCUUGUCAAUGUUUACAAGACUAUAUUGGCAAUCCUUAUGAGGGUUGCAGACCAGAAUGUACACUAAACUCGGAUUGUCCAUCGAAUAAGGCUUGUAUCAAUAACAAGUGUAAAGAUCCAUGUCCUGGUGCUUGUGGAACCAAUGCUCAAUGUCAGCCUAUUAACCAUUUACCUUCAUGUACUUGUAUUAUUGGAUAUACUGGAGAUCCGUUUAGAUAUUGCAGUAUUGUCCAAGAACCUGUUGUUGAAGAACCUAUUCACCCAUGCCAACCGUCACCAUGCGGACCGAAUUCUCAAUGUCGCGAAGUGAAUGGACAGGCUGUAUGUUCAUGCUUACCAGAAUAUACCGGAUCACCACCGAGCUGUAGACCAGAAUGCGUGGUUAGCGCAGAAUGUUCGUUUGAUAAGGCAUGCGUCAAUAAAAAAUGUGUGGAUCCUUGUCCGGGAACUUGUGGCCUCAAUGCCAAAUGCCAAGUUAUCAAUCACAGUCCAAUUUGCAGUUGUUCCAACGGAUUCACCGGAGAUCCAUUUACCAGAUGCUACACUAUUCCUGCUCCUCCACCAGAACCUGAACGUCCCAUUAUCAAAGAUCCAUGUGUGCCAUCACCUUGCGGACCAAACUCUCAAUGUCGCGAUAUUGGUGGAUUUCCAUCAUGCUCUUGCUUACCGACCUAUACAGGAUCACCACCGAACUGCCGCCCGGAAUGCACCAUCAACUCGGAAUGUCCAACCAACCAAGCUUGCAUCCAACAAAAAUGUAAAGAUCCUUGCCCAGGACUUUGUGGAACCAAUGCACAAUGUUCUGUGUUUAACCACGUACCCAACUGUAUCUGCAUUGAAGGUUACACGGGAGAUCCUUUCAGUUUUUGCCAAAUUAAACCACCAGAACCCGUGGUGGAAGAACAGGAUCCGUGCAAUCCAUCACCUUGUGGAGCUAAUGCCCAAUGCAAUAAUGGAAUUUGCAGUUGCCUACCCGAAUAUCAAGGAGAUCCUUACUCCGGCUGUAGACCAGAAUGCGUCCUCAACAACGACUGUCCCAGAGACAAGGCUUGCAUUAGACAAAAAUGUGUCGAUCCAUGUCCAGGAACUUGCGGGCAAAAUGCAGAGUGUAACGUCAUCAAUCACAUACCAAGCUGUUCAUGCAUCGCCGGCUAUCAAGGAAACGCUUUCGUGGCUUGCCAACCAAUACCACCAGAAAUACCCAAGAAUCCCUGCAAUCCAUCACCGUGCGGACCCAACAGCCAGUGCAGAGAAAUUAAUGGGCAAGCAGUAUGUUCGUGUGUUCCAGGCUUUAUCGGUAGCCCACCAGCAUGCAGACCUGAAUGCGUCAGUUCCAACGAAUGUUCACUCGACAAGGCUUGCGUUAAUCAGAAAUGCAUUGACCCGUGCCCGGGCACAUGUGGCAUUAAUGCUAUGUGUCAAGUUGUUAAUCAUAAUCCAAUUUGCAGCUGUCCAGCCAGGUUUUCAGGAGAUCCGUUUACUAGAUGUCUACCAAUAGUUGAAGAACCUGUGAUAACUCAAGACCCAUGCAAUCCAUCACCAUGCGGACCUAACGCGCAAUGCAAAGAAAUCAACGGAAGUCCCUCAUGCUCUUGCCUGCCAGAAUUCAUCGGUCAACCACCAAAUUGUCGACCAGAAUGUGUCAGUAACAGCGAAUGUGCGAACCAUUUGGCCUGUGUAAGACAAAAAUGCCAAGAUCCAUGUCCUGGCACUUGUGGAGAAAACGCUGAAUGUAGAGUUGUCAGUCACAGUCCGAACUGUAUUUGCUCCGAAGGCUACAUUGGCAAUCCGUUUGUUAGAUGCAACAUCAUCGAAGCUCCUAAACCGGUUGAUCAAAUAAAUCCAUGUUAUCCAUCCCCGUGCGGAGCGAAUGCCAUAUGCAGGGAGCGCAAUAAUGCUGGAUCAUGCACUUGCGUUCAAGAUUAUAUCGGAAAUCCUUAUGAAGGUUGUAGACCGGAGUGUACCUUGAACUCUGACUGUCCAUCUAAUAAGGCUUGUAUCAGAAAUAAGUGUCAAGAUCCAUGUCCAGGCACUUGUGGACAAAAUGCCGAAUGUCAGGUCAUAAAUCACUUGCCAUCUUGUAAUUGUAUCAUUGGAUAUACUGGAGAUCCCUUCAGAUAUUGUCAUGUUAUCGUCCCAACACCAGAAGAACCAGAACGUCCUAAGAACCCAUGCCAGCCAUCUCCAUGCGGACCAAACAGCCAAUGCCGCGAAGUAAACGGUCAAGCCGUAUGCUCAUGCUUACCAGAAUACGUUGGUUCUCCACCAAGUUGUAGACCUGAGUGCACUGUUAGUUCUGAAUGUGCCCAAAAUAGAGCUUGCAUAAAUCAGAAAUGCGCUGAUCCAUGCCCCGGAACGUGCGGUCUUAAUGCACAAUGUAGUGUCAUAAAUCAUAGUCCAAUUUGCAGUUGCUCACCUGGACAUACUGGAGAUCCAUUUACUAGAUGCUACCCGAUACCACCUCCACCACCUCAGCCCAUAGAACCGGUUAUAACAAAUCCAUGCGUACCGUCUCCAUGUGGACCUCACUCAAUUUGUCAAGACAUCAACGGUGCCCCAUCUUGCGCUUGUAUCACUAACUACAUAGGUAGCCCACCAAGCUGUAGACCUGAAUGCACCAUCAACUCAGAAUGUACCAGUAGGCUCGCCUGUAUCAGAGAAAAAUGUGUGGAUCCUUGUCCAGGAUCUUGUGGUUUUGGUGCUCAAUGCUCUGUAAUAAAUCACACUCCGGUUUGUACUUGUCCGGAAGGCUUCACUGGUGAUCCAUUCACUAGUUGCCAUCCGAAACCGCCUCCACCAACUGAACCUGUUGAAGCUGAUCCAUGUAACCCAUCGCCGUGCGGUCCAAACGCUCAAUGCAAUAAUGGUAUCUGUUCUUGUCUACCAGAGUAUCAAGGUGACCCGUAUGUAGGCUGUAGACCUGAGUGCGUGCUUAAUACCGAUUGCCCAAGAAAUUUAGCAUGUAUCAACCAGAAAUGUAGAGAUCCUUGUCCAGGAACUUGUGGACAGAACGCAGAAUGUGCAGUAAUUAAUCACAUUUCAACGUGCACUUGCCUCCAAGGUUACACCGGCGAACCGUUCGUUCUUUGUACGCAAAUACGUCCGGAGAUACCAAAGAAUCCAUGCAAUCCAUCCCCGUGUGGACCCAACAGCCAAUGUAGGGAAAUUAAUGGACAAGCAGUAUGUUCUUGCGUGCCUGGCUAUAUUGGAAGUCCACCAACUUGUAGACCUGAAUGCGUUUCUUCCACAGAAUGUCCUUUGAACCAAGCAUGUCUCAAUCAGAAAUGUAUCGAUCCAUGCCCAGGAACUUGUGGAAUAAAUGCUUUGUGUCAAGUUAUAAAUCAUAAUCCUGUGUGCAGUUGUCCUCCUAGGCAGAGUGGAGAUCCAUUCGUCAGAUGUCUUCCCAUAGUGGAACCACCAGAGCCGCCUAAAAAUCCAUGCCAACCAUCACCAUGUGGACCAAACAGUCAAUGCAGGGAUAUUAAUGGUAGCCCAUCCUGUUCUUGCCUACCAGAAUUUAUUGGUCAACCACCAAACUGUCGCCCAGAAUGCAUUAGUAACAGUGAAUGCGCAAAUCACUUGGCCUGUAUCAACCAAAAAUGUAAAGAUCCUUGUCCAGGAGUGUGUGGGCAAAACGCUGAAUGUAGAGUUGUUAGUCAUACACCCAACUGUGUUUGCCUAGCCGGAUUUGAAGGAAAUCCAUUCGUUACAUGCGCUAUCAGACAAGAAGUUCCACCACCAGAGCCAACUAAUCCAUGCGUGCCAUCUCCAUGUGGAGCUAACGCCAUUUGCAAAGAACAAAACGGAGCUGGUUCAUGCAUAUGCAUUCCAGAAUUCAUAGGAAAUCCUUAUGAGGGUUGCAGGCCUGAGUGUACCCUUAACUCUGAUUGUCCAUCAAACAAAGCUUGUAUCAAUAACAAAUGCAAAGAUCCCUGCCCAGGAACUUGCGGAUCUAACGCGGAAUGUCAAGUUAUUAAUCAUCUUCCUUCAUGUAAUUGUAUACCUGGAUACACGGGAGAUCCGUUUAGAGUAUGCUACUUACCACCCCAAAAAACUGAACCUGUUACUGUUCCUUCUAAUCCAUGCCAGCCAUCACCAUGCGGUCCAAACAGCCAAUGCCGGGAAGUCAACGAACAAGCAGUUUGCUCCUGCCUACCAAACUACAUAGGAACUCCAACCGCUUGCAGACCCGAAUGUACAGUGAGCGCAGAAUGUCCUCAGAAUCGCGCUUGUAUCAACCAAAAAUGCGCCGAUCCAUGUCCAGGCACUUGUGGGCUAAAUGCGCAAUGCAGUGUGAUUAAUCAUAGUCCCAUAUGCAGCUGUGCCACUGGACAUACUGGAGAUCCAUUCACUAGAUGCUAUCCCAUACCACCACCUCCACCGACACCACCAUCACCAGUGGUAGUUCAAGACCCGUGCGUUCCAUCGCCUUGCGGUUUAAACAGUCAAUGCAGAAACAUCAACGGCAAUCCGUCAUGUUCUUGCCUACCGAACUACCAAGGCUCCCCACCGAACUGUAGACCAGAAUGUACAGUCAACUCCGAAUGUCCAAGCAAUUUGGCUUGCAUGAACGAAAAAUGCAGGGAUCCAUGCCCUGGUUCUUGUGGCAUCCAAGCGGUGUGUGAAAUUCGAAAUCACAGUCCAGUAUGUAUGUGUCCACCUGGAUUUAUUGGAGAUGCUUUUGUUGCUUGUACACCCAGACCCAUUUCACCGCCCAAAGUGGUGGACAGAUGUAUUCCGAACCCUUGCGGUUCAAAUGCCAGAUGUGACAAUGGAACAUGCUCCUGCUAUCCAGAAUACCAAGGCGAUCCCUAUAGGGAAUGCAGACCGGAAUGUGUGAUAAACACCGACUGUCCUAGAAAUAGGGCUUGCAUAAACCAAAAAUGUCAAGAUCCUUGCCCGGGAGUAUGUGGACAAAACGCUGAGUGUACUGUGUUCAAUCACAUUCCAACUUGUAGUUGCAUACAAGGUUACACCGGAAAUGCUUUUGUUAUUUGUAAUAAGAUAACUGCACCACCGCCACCAUCAAACCCCUGCAACCCGUCACCAUGCGGGCCAAACAGCCAGUGCAGGGACAUCAGCAGUCAAGCGGUGUGCUCUUGUCUACCAGGAUACAUCGGAGCCCCGCCCUCCUGUAGACCGGAAUGCGUAAGCAGUGUAGCGUGCGCCUUGAAUCGCGCAUGCGUCAACCAGAAAUGCAUUGACCCAUGCCCAGGCACGUGCGGAAUCGAAGCCGUAUGCCAGGUGGUCAACCAUAACCCGAUUUGUAGUUGCCCACCGAGGUAUUCUGGUGAUCCUUUCGUGCGGUGCAGAUUUAUCAUCGUAGAGGAACGCCAACCCCCCGCCACGACCCCGACAAACCCUUGUGUACCAUCCCCGUGCGGACCAAACGCUCAAUGUGAACCGUCCCCUAGCGGAACAGCAAAAUGCUCGUGUCUACCGAACUAUUUCGGUGCCCCGCCCAACUGUAGACCCGAAUGCGUGACCAGUAGCGACUGCGCCACGCAUUUGGCUUGUAUCAAUCAAAAAUGUGUAGACCCCUGUCCAGGAUCUUGCGGACUGAACGCUCGUUGUCUUGUAGUGAACCACGUGCCCAACUGUUUGUGUGUAGAUGAAUACGUUGGGGAUCCGUUUACCCUUUGCACGCCUAGACCACCAACACCACCUGCACCACCGAAACGUGAAGACCCAUGCGUGCCAUCACCAUGCGGAGCAAACGCUCACUGCAGAUCUGAGAACAACUACGCCAUCUGCGAGUGUCUACCAGAAUACCACGGCAACCCUUACGAGGGCUGUAGACCAGAAUGUCUCUCCAACACCGAUUGUCCAAGCAACACCGCUUGCAUCAGGAAUAAAUGUCAAGAUCCUUGUCCAGGCACCUGCGGAGUCAAUGCUCUCUGCACUGUCACCAAUCACGUGCCAGUUUGCACAUGUCAACAAGGAUAUGAAGGAGACGCAUUUAGAUAUUGUAGCAGAGUCAUAGUCGAACCACCAAAAGACCCAUGCAAUCCAUCACCAUGCGGCCUAAACACAGCCUGUAGAACCUCAGGAAACGCAGCAAUCUGCGAAUGCUUACCUGGUUUCUCUGGAAAUCCCAAUCUCGGAGGCUGUAGACCAGAAUGUACGAUCAGCUCAGACUGUCCUAGAGAUAAGGCUUGCGUCAAUACUAAGUGCGUUGAUCCUUGCCCGGGAGUGUGCGGAUUCAAAGCAAUUUGCAACGUUAUUAACCAUAGCCCAGUGUGCAGUUGUCCACAACCACUGGUGGGAGAUCCGUUCACACUUUGUACCGAACCGGUUGUGGUCGAACCAACGGACCCAUGCUACCCAUCACCAUGUAGGGUCAACGGGCAAUGCAGAGUUGUUAAUGGUGCUGCCAGCUGUACUUAUCCAGAAUGCGUUAUUAACUCAGACUGUCCAAGGGAUAAGGCUUGUUAUUCCCAGAAAUGUCAAGAUCCUUGCAGAGAUGCUUGUGGUCUUAAUGCACUUUGCCAAGUUGUGAACCAUCAAGCCGUUUGCACCUGUCCGCCUGGUUACAUUGGUAGCCCCGAGGUUCAGUGUAGAUAUCAACCACCAGAACAACCUAAACCAAAAGUCGAAUGUACUCAAGACUCUGACUGUACCAACGACAAGGCCUGUAUCAACAGCCGAUGCCAAAAUCCAUGCUCCACGGCAUCCUGCGGCCGAAACGCGGAAUGUCGCGCGCAACUCCAUCGCGCAGUAUGCAUUUGCAGAGACGGAUUCACCGGAAAUGCCCAACACGCUUGCGUUGAGAUUGGGUGCAGAUCCGAUUCCGAUUGUUCGCCUUUGCAUGCUUGCGUCAACAGAGAAUGCGUCGAUCCUUGCUCGUACACCUCUUGCGGCAUCAAUGCCCAAUGUCAAGUGGAUGGAAAUCACAAGGCACGUUGCUACUGUCCAGAAAGCUUUAGAGGCAAUCCUUUAAUUCAAUGUGAAAGACCUGAAUGUACCACAGACGAAGAAUGUCCUUACAAUCUUGCCUGUCACAACCAACGUUGUCAAGACCCAUGCAACUGUGGACAAAAUGCUUUGUGUAACGUCUAUAGCCAUCGGGCACAGUGCUCUUGUCCUCCCGGCUACGUGGGAGAUCCUCUAAGCUCUUGCAGAAUUGAAGAACGUAGACCCCAGCCGCAAUGUAAGAUGGAUGCCGACUGUCCAAGCAAAUUGGCGUGUUUCAGUGGAGUAUGUAAGAAUCCUUGCGUAGAAACGAAACCAUGCGGAAAGAACGCUGAGUGUGUCGUGGUGGAUAGUUUGCCACUAAGGACCAUGUCUUGCAUUUGUUUGCCAGGAUACAUUGGAGAUGCCGAUGUAGACUGUAGACCAGCUCCGCAAGAAGAAGCAGGCUGUAAAUCCAACCAAGACUGCGCCCCAAGCGAAACCUGCAUUAACCGGCAAUGCGUGAACCCUUGCGUUAUCAACAGUCCAUGCGCACCAACAGCCGAGUGCCAAGCGACCAAUCACAAAGCCGUCUGUAGAUGUCCCACGCCUCUCAUUGGUGAUCCGUUUACGAGAUGCUACGAACAACCACGCCAGCCCAAACCCGAAUGCGUUCACGACGGCGAAUGCACAAACGAUAAGUCUUGCGUCAACCAACGUUGUCAAGAUCCAUGUCUAUUAUCCAACCCUUGUGGUGCCAACGCCGAGUGUCAGACUAGAGUGCAUAGGCCCACUUGCGUAUGUCCAUUUGGAUGGGUUGGAAAUCCGCAAGUGUCUUGUUAUAAACCUGAAUGCAAACGUGACGAUGAUUGCCCAUACAACAAAGCCUGCAUCAAUGAGAAUUGCGUCAACCCAUGCUCAACCAUAUCAUGUGGACGUGGAGCUGAAUGCCUCACCCUGAACCAUCAAGCCCAAUGUCAGUGCCCUCCAGGAACCCAAGGGGAUCCGCUCUUAUCAUGUAUCACUGGCCAGUGUCAGUACAACGAAGAUUGCGCCGAUCAUGAAGCAUGCGACCGACUAAACCGUGUAUGCAGGCCGGUAUGUGACGAUGAAACUUGCGCUACCACCGCGCGAUGUCUAGGUCAAAACCACCAGCCUAAAUGUAUAUGUCCUGUGGGAACCAUUGGUAAUCCCUUCAUUGAAUGCAAACCACCUGCUAAGCCAGUUUGCGUGGUAGACUCUGACUGUCCGUCACAACUUGCUUGCAUCAAUGAGCUUUGCCUUAACCCUUGCCACCAAGGAGAUUUGUGUUCGAUCGAACAAGAAUGCCGAGUCAUUGACACCGUUCCGGUACGUACAGUCAUGUGCGCCUGUGCUCCAGACCAAAUCCUCGACAGUUCCGGACACUGCAGACCGAUCAUUCGAGAACAACCGCAAUGCCAGAUCGAUACCGAUUGCGCUAACUACGAGAAAUGUCACAGAGGAAGCUGCGUUGACGCAUGUCGCUUGGAUAAUUGCGGCAUCAACGCCAUCUGUCGGGCUGUUAAUCAUUUGACACAAUGCACCUGUGCUCCCGGAUACACAGGCAAUCCGAGACUUGAAUGUUCUAAUAUUCCAAGAGUUUCAUACAUCCCGCAACCAGAAUGUACUAGAGAUGAUGAGUGUCCAUUAGAUAAGGCCUGUAGGAAUGACCUUUGUGUGAACCCUUGCAGGAGUGACAAACCUUGUGGAAAUAACGCUUUCUGCUCGGUUAAUAGACAUCAGCCAAUCUGUAGAUGUCCAGAGGGAUAUAUUGGAAGACCGGAAGUGGAGUGUCUUGCACCUCCCACAGGCCCUGCAAUCGGGUGUGCAUCAAACUCAGAUUGUCCUCUAAGCGAAUUCUGCCUUAAUAAACUAUGCAUAAGCCCAUGCAACUGCGGUCCUAACGCAGAUUGCAAAGUUAACAACCACUAUGCGACAUGUUUCUGCAAAGCGGGAUAUUCUGGAAAUCCCCAGACCGGAUGUGUCAAACUUGGAUGCCAAUCGGACAGCGAAUGUUCAGACGACCAACAGUGCUACAACCAGCAAUGCAUUAAUCCAUGCAUCCUGGGUGAUCCUUGUGCAAGAAAUGCCGAGUGCUUUGGACGUAGCCACAAAGCCAACUGUAAAUGUCCUCCAGGUUCAACUGGCGAUCCGUUCGUACGUUGUGAACGUCUUGAAUGUUACGCGCACCAAGACUGUCCAAACAACCGGGCUUGCAUUCAAAACAGAUGCGUAGAUCCUUGCGCGCCUAUAGCCAAUCCACCGUGCGCUCAGAAUGCUUUAUGUUACGCUCAGAAUCAUGCUGCUUCCUGUGUAUGCCCUGACCAUCUUCCCGAAGGUAGUCCGCUCGCUUACUGCCAACCAAGAACUGUAACAGAGAAACCUUUGUGUGUUUUCGAUUCCGACUGUCCAAGCAAACUGGCUUGUAUAGGAAAUAAAUGUGUCAACCCUUGUGAAUCUAUUUCGCCCUGCCAUCCAACUGCUACUUGUAGUGUUAUAGAUACCACCCCAGUUAGAACCAUGGCUUGCACUUGCAGGGAAGGCUGGGUACCUAAUGAUAACGGCGAAUGCCACGCCAUCUUGAUUCCAAUACCACCUGGAUGUAGUAAAGAUGAUGAUUGCCCAAGCAAUGAGGCAUGCAUCAACCGCGUCUGCAGAAAUCCAUGCGAUUGUGGAAUAAAUGCCAUCUGUGAUAUCCGCAAUCACAAACCAGUAUGCUCUUGCAAAGAAGGCUUUGACGGAAAUCCAAAUAUUGCCUGCCGAACUAUCGGCUGUAGAAUUGACUCGGAAUGUGACUCAGGCACUGCUUGCAUCAACGGCCAGUGCGUCAACCCUUGCCUAGUGAAAAGUCCCUGCGGUACCAACGCAGAAUGUUUUGUUAAUCAGAACUAUCCAGAAUGUAGAUGCAGAAGCGGUUACAGGGGCAACCCUUAUGAACGUUGCUUGGUUGUCGGUUGCGUAUCUAACAGCGAAUGUCCAGGAGAUCGACAAUGUAUCAACGCCCAGUGUAUCAAUCCAUGCUUGUACGAUAACCCUUGCUCACCGAGAGCAGAAUGCCUUGUCCAAAACCAUAUGGCUUUGUGCAAGUGUGCUCCCGGACUCAUUGGUAAUCCUUACGUUGAUUGCAAACCGGAACCGCAACCCGAAUGCCGCGAAGAUGGCGACUGUCCUUCUUUGCUAGCCUGUAUCAACAGCAUCUGUCAAAAUCCGUGCAGCAUCAUUGAACCUUGUCAGAACCCCGCCAAGUGUCAAGUCGUCAACUCUCUGCCAGUAAGAACUAUGAACUGCGUAUGUCCACCAGGAUAUAUCAGCAGUGGCAGCGGAACCUGUAGUCCCGUAACAGCUAUUGUAAAAGCGGCAUGUAUCUCUGACACUGAAUGUCCAUCCGAAAAAGCAUGCUUCAAUGGCAUCUGCAGAAACCCUUGCAACUGCGGACCUAAUGCGGAAUGUAGAAUCAAAGAUCAUAAACCAAUUUGCGCUUGUUUACCCGACUUUGACGGAAACCCAGAAAUCAGCUGCCACCCAGCAGGAUGCAGACACGUCGACGAGUGUUCCCCCGCUCAUACCUGCAUCAACAGACAAUGCAUUCCAGUUUGCCUUCCUGACAAUAAACCUUGCGGCGAUAAUGCAACUUGUUACGGAAACCAUCACAGAGCCAUUUGCGAGUGUCCUCCAGGACGUAUCGGCAACCCUAACGUUGCCUGCGUCCUUGUAGGCUGCAGAUCAGACUCCGAAUGUCCCUCCAACACGGCAUGCGUUAAUGGUGAAUGCGAGAACCCAUGCGAAAAGGCUAACCCAUGUGUUGCCCCGGCAGCAUGUAAGACCUUCAAUCACAUUAUUGAAUGCGUUUGUCCACCUGGCACGGUUAGUGAUGGCAAUACUGGAUGCAGUAAGAUUGAUACUGGAUGUACCUUGGAUCACGAUUGUCAGUCAGGACUGGCGUGCAUAGGAAAUGUGUGCGUUAAUCCUUGUGCCACUACAGAACCUUGUGGAGUUAAUACAGUCUGUAAAGUCAUCGAUACUGAACCGGUCAGGACGAUGCUGUGCGAAUGUUUGCCAGGCUAUCAUGGAAAUGCAGCAGUUAAAUGUGACAGAGUUCCAGCAAUAGGUAAAAAAUGCCCCAUUGAAAAGGGUUACGUCCGCACUCCCUUGGGAGAUUGCGUCUGUCCGCCUAACACAGCCCUAAAUGACAACGAUGACUGCGUACCAUGCCGAGUGGAUAAAGGCCUUGUCGUUGACGAAAGAGGUCGCUGCGUUUGUGCUCUAGAGAAAGGUCUGAUCAUCGACGAACGUGGAAACUGCGUGUGUCCAACCGAAUUCGGAUACAGACUGGACGUUAAAGGCAAUUGUGUUCCUGUAAAAGGUCCAGAGUGCGAAACCAACGACGAUUGUGCCGAUAAUAAGUAUUGCAACCAAAAAACUAAGACUUGCGAGAGCGCCUGCAGUACCGUCCGUUGCGGCCUGUAUGCUUUCUGCAAUGCUACCAACCACCAAGGAGUGUGCCAAUGCCUUACUGGGUACUCGGGCAACCCUGACAAAUAUUGCAACUCCACCUCAGUAUACAGAACAGACUUCCCGAAACCAGAAAUGCUUGUCAGUUGUCUCUCAGAUGGCGUGCAAGUCGAAAUACUUAUUAACGAACAGGAGGGCUUCAACGGAGUGUUGUACGUAAAAGGACACAGCAAAGAUGCUCAGUGUAGACGAGUGCUCACUCUACCGCCCAACACUGCCACCAGAACGGAACUAUUUAAGGUCCAAUUUGGAAAUUGCGGACUGAUUCACGUGAAUGGCAAAGCCAGUUUCGUGCUAGUAAUCCAGAAACAUCCGAAACUAGUCACUUACAAAGCUCAAGCCUACCAUAUCCAAUGCGUCUACCAAACAGGAGAACAGAACGUUACACUCGGCUUUAAUGUAUCGAUGUUAACUACCGCUGGAACGAUAGCGAACACCGGUCCACCACCAACUUGCCUCAUGAAAAUUGUCACGCCCACCGGACAAGAGAUUAACUCCGCGGAAAUCGGAGACAGUUUGAUUCUCCAAGUGGACGUACAACCCGGAUCCAUCUAUGGAGGUUUUGCUAGAAGUUGCGUGGCUAAAACAAUGGAAGACGCGGUCGAGAAUGAGUAUCUGGUCACAGAUGAAAACGGCUGCGCCACGGAUCCUUCCAUAUUUGGAGAAUGGGAGUACAAUCCCGACACUCAAAGCCUAUUGGCCACAUUCCACGCCUUUAAGUUCCCCAGCAGUGAUAACAUUAGGUUCCAGUGUAAUAUCAGGGUUUGUUUCGGAAAAUGUCAACCGGUUAAUUGCCGAGGAGCGGACGCUUUUGGUAGAAGAAAGAGAGCAGUGACCCAAGAAAAAGACGAUGACAAUGAUAAUAUGUUAACGGGACAACUGAGGGAGGAGAUAACCAUUCAGUCGAACGCUAUCCUUACUUUGGAAAGGAGAGAGGAAAGAUAUACGGACACCUCUUUGUCACCAGAUGCUCAACGCGCCGAAGAUAUUUGCGUAUCAAUGAUAGGCUUCAUCAUAGCCUUGAUCAUCACUGCCCUGUUGGCCUUGGUGGCGGUAGCUGUAGCCGUUUCCUGCUGGUUAAUGGCCUACCGUCGUCGUCCAAAGUCUACCGGACCACUGCCACACCCUCCGGAGUUCCCGAACCCUUUGUUCACCACUCCGGAACCAAGGGCCGAGCCUAGCCCCGACUACCUCACGUAACAUCACCACCUAACCUAGUAUUUUUUUUAUUUUACCAUAUAGUGACAUUUUUUUAACGUUAGCAACGAAAAAAUACUCCAAACGAAAUUUAAUUUAUAUUUUUUUUUGUAUAUUAUUUAAGAGCUGGAAAUCUGCGCACGCGCCUCCUGGAUAGUAUCCGUCCUCAAAGCUACUCACUGCUCGAAUAUUAUUUUUAUGUACUGCCACCGGGAGGCGCUGCCCGAGCUCUUAUGGCGUAUAGAAUUUUAGAAAAAAAUAUAAUUAUUUGGUUGAACAUUCGCCUGCCUAGAGUGCACUAGUUUAGAUAUUUUUACACAGAAAGGCCCGCGAAUGUUCUUACUAUCUUUUCCAGAGGCUAUAGUUCCUCGAACCUCCAAACGUUCAAGGGGUUUUUUUAAUCUUCAUUAAAUGGUGGUGGUAUUCUCUUAUCUUUAACAUAAAAAAGUCUAACUAUAUAUAUAUGUAUGUUGAAACUAAAUUCGACCCUUGAAUCUGUUAAGUACCAAUCUUUAUUGUCUAUUGUAAAUAUGAUAAGUACUUCUUCCGUAUAGCCUCUGGAAGACGUAGCGUUUCUAUAAGACUAUAAAUAAUAUUUUUAUGAACCCCUUUGUAUAAAGUGUGUGAAUGGCGAAGAAUGGGGAGCCCAGCUCCCGUACUAUAUAUUUGGUGCUGACUGAUAUUCUUAAAACAAACAAAAAAGCAGUCAUUUUAGUCAAUUUUACUUUUUUAAGUGUAAUUACUGUUUAGACUAAGUCUCCUUAUUUGUAACCAAAAAAUCAUCGAUUUGUAAAAUUUACUAAACGAAAUUAAUUAUUUCAUUCACGUCCGUGAACCGUUUUAAAAACGUCUUAAUUUUAAGCAUAACUAAUUUUACGUUAUUUAUGAAUCUCGAUGGAAAAUUUAAUGGAUGACUUCUUAACUGUCAUAUUUUGUGAUAAUCGCUUCUUUAAUAAAAAAAACUAUUUAAUAAUA